CAGAAAUUGGAAAUAGAAAAAGGAAGGGAAAAAACAUCCCGGAAGUAAAGAGAUGAGUCGUUCUUCUUAUGUUUACAAAUAACACAGCGGCAGAAACGUAUUAUGCCGUCUAUGCAUAUGGACUUUAAAGAUCCACUUCCUAUUGAAUUUUAAAACUCAAGUGAAAUAUAUUAUGAACAAACGUUUGAUAUAAUCAAGUGUGAAGUUUAAUUUAAUUAUUUUACUUUCAAAUAGACACAGAACACUUGUUCAGUAAGUAUGCAUACUAUUACUGUAUUACUCGAUGACUGAGAAUCAAGUCCGAGUUAGUCUUACUAAGUUACUUAGUCUUAGUCUUCUUAGUCAAGUGCUGAGUGAGUGAAUGCGAGUGAGACUAGCAGUAGCAGUGCAGGUCACAUUAGGUACUUGGACAAAAUUUUCGAAAUGAAGUUACAGCUCUAAGUUUAAGAACUAGUUGGUUAGAUAUGGCCUGAAAAUUAGUGAAAAAUCAAUUCAUUGACUAGGCACUUGAAUACAAAAUUAAAAAGAAAUUGAAAUAAUUUUUUUAAAUAACAGUUAGUUAGAGCAAAUUUCAAAUAAAAAAAUGAAACCAGAAUCAACUUUUUAGCUUAAGUACUUUUUGAGCGAUGAAUUUUUAAAGUGUGAGUUCGUUUGAUAUUUUUUACCAUGGACGAAACCUCCACAUCUUGUGACCUCAUUCCGCUGAUCUCGUCAUGCGCAAUGACUAUAUACUUUAUAUAAGCCAACGCAUCACCUUAUCACUAAAAUACUGUUUAGGAUCGACUUAGUUUAAACUUUCAACUUUGGCACAUGAAUAAUUAAUUAAAGCUUUCCCUGACCAAUGGUAUAGUAGUUUUUGCACACGGCAAACUCUUAUGAAUGAAACUCUGAGGUAGUACUACGAUACAGCCAUUAUGCAAGUGGCUGUGAAUGGUUGCCAAUGACAACGUGUUGCACACGGUAAAUUCUGAUCAUUUAUAAUAUGGAUUCUACCGGGUUGUUAAAGCUCAAAUUAAAACAUUCCAGUUUAAAUGUCUUCAAAAUGCACUCUGAAACACAAGUUAUCAAUUAUUUUGCUGUAAAUAGUGAUAAUAAAUUAAUAUUUCCUAAGUAUCGGCAACUUCCACCAUUAAAAAGGGGACGUGGCCCACCCCAUGGCGAAAUUAGGUUGAGCGAGCUGAAUGACCUACUGUGAACACGUAGAAACAUGGUGUCUCUCUUAAGGCACUUAUCGCUGGGAAAAUUGGCAUACAUGUAGAUCAAUAGAUUCCCCAGAUGCAAAAAAAAUUUGGUAGUGACAAAUUUUUUCCUUCGACUUAAUUUUAAUGAUGAAAGUUGCCUUAUAUUUACCAAGGAUUUUCUUAAAGCUGACUGAUUGUAAAUGAAGAAGAAAUUGAUUAAAAUGUAGGCGAAGAUGUCUACCUAAUUAGAAACGGAACUCAAAUAUAUAUCGAAAGUACUAAUUUAAUAAUAAAUGGACACACACAUCGGAAAAUUAAAAAACUCUGAUUUUUCGGCGCCGAUUGCGAAUUCCCAUACACAAAAAGUAGUAGUCUCCCUUGACUUACCGAAGUAUCUACAUUGACACAAAUUUAUUGUUUUAGGUCAAUGCUAAAGAAAAGUAAUUUAUGAUUUAUUUUCGGGGGGGUGGUUAUUUUGGGAUAAUUCUGACUUGGUAAAUGUUGGUUUGUCGCACCACUUAUUUCCCACAGCCGCCAUCUUGGUAGAGUGUCAUAGCCUCCAAGAUGGCGGUAGUUUAAGAAAAGAAAGUAGUGCAAAUGCGCGUCUGCUAAAAGUUGGGGGAGGGGAAAGAGAGAGAAACAAUGUGCAGUUUUAGCCACUUAACUAAGGGAAAUAUAAUGUUAUAAUUUAAGUAAUUUCAGCCAGUGACGAACUUAGAACUUUUAAAAAAUACCUCUAGAUACGGGGUAAGAAGUGUCAAUGACUUGCGGCCACCCCCUUUCGUGGCAUUAUUUCAGCCGGUACAUUAAUUUCGUGGCAAACAUAGCAACUUUAUUAUAUCACUCUAGUUCUAGAUAUGUGUAAAGAAGUGUCAAUAACCUGCGGCCGCCCCCUUUCCUGGCAUUAUUUCAGCUGGUACAUUAAUUUUGUGGUGAAUGUAGCAACUUUAUUUGUAUUCCUCUAGAUAUGCGGCCAGAAGUGUUAACGACCUGCAGUCCCCACCUUCCUUCAACUAAAACAUGUGGGCUACAGUUACACACUGUAGUAAAAAUAUUGUCAAAAUGAAGAAAAACAAUUCAAAAUAUUUUAAAAUAAUGAAACCCAAUUUACAUUUUCAUAGAAUACAGGUUUACUCACUUUAUUGCAGGUUCCACCAUGGGUGCCACUUUUCCGGGUUAUCCCGGAAUUCCGGCUUCGUGAGGCUAAAUAUUUUUCAGCUCCGAAUUCACGAGUUUUUAUAUUCUCUCGCUCCGGAUUCACCAGUUCAAUUAUUCAAAUACAGAUUCUGUCUGGGCUUUUUUUUAAAAAAAUCGGCGUGUAACGGAAUGCGUGAAAGACUGUUUAAAUAUAGCGAGAGCUGGUUCGCUAAAAAUGGGAAAAUUCCUUGAAUAUGGACGUUAAUCGCCGAUCGGGUCUAUUUCUAGCCUUUCUGUCGCCAGAGUGCUAGUGGUUUCCCCUGCGCAUGCAUUUUGAGCUCUACACGUUUCGAGUACCGUACUACUUUGAUAGACCAUAAAUAUUUCUUUUCUGUUCACAACGCCGAUCAAGAGAUAUUUGAAGUGUUUGGGUAAGCAUAGUCUAUUAGUAAAUUUUUUUUUGAAAUUAGGUUUUAAUUGUUGGGUAAAUAUAAUUAUAAAUAGAAAACUACUCAUCCAAGGGCUGUCUAACAAGACUAAGCUUAGCGUACUUUGUAACUUUGUUAUUUUUUACUGUAUGCAGGCGACAUGUAUUUUUUUAUUAGAAGAGCUAGGCAGCGUUUAACUUUUUUUAAAGACCUCCUGAGUUCACUUUAAUUUAAUUUUUAAAAAAGCCAACACCACCCUAGGUUUAAUCCGAAUAAAUCUGCGCCACUGCACAACUUCCUACAAACAGAAUGCCUAUCUCGCACUCGAAUAUGGUGCGAUCAUCUGGGAUCCACACCUUAAGCAAGAUGUGGACGCGAUGGAGCAAAUGCAACGUAACGCGGUGCGCUUUAUCGCCCGCGACUACAAAUCCACCACUCCUGGCUUCGUCACUGGCCUCUUAAAAAGAUUUGAAAUCCAUCUCCUUAAAGACAGAUGAGAGGGACUCCGCCUGACAUUCUUAUAUAAAGUGAUCAUGCGACUGUUGCCGGCCAUCCCAGCAGGCUCGUACCUCACCCCACAGAAGCCGGGUAGACUGAUCAGAGCAAAAUGCUCACUGAACACGGACUUCACCACUGACAUUCCCAUAAACAAUUACACCAGAAACAAUAGCAAAUGCUUCAAAGUGCUUCAGUGCAACACAGUGCAGUAUCAACAAUCUUUCUUCCCACGCACAAUAAUACCAUGGAACAACCUGAACGAUUCCACUGUGAACUCGACAUCAGUCGAAAGCUUCAAGGCUGCCCUGGCAUCAGCUAGGAGCUGUUAGAAUAGCAACAUCAUACCCCCAACCGUUGCAAAGAUGGCAGUACAUGGAUGCAGCAACGAAACAUUACCGGAACCAGAAUUACAGUAUAAGCCUUCUAAUUUAAAUAGGAUAAUAUGAUUACGUUAUUUUUAUCCGUUCAGUAGGGAGCCUAACAUAACUGUAUUUAGUUAGUCUUUAUUUAUAAGUUAUGCACUUCUGUGUUCUGACUCUGGGUAUACUUUACGGUAAUUCUACUAUUACUAUUAUUCAUAAUGCUCUUUAUUGCCGUAGUUUAGUACUGGUAUAAUAUAGUCUAUAUUAUGUAUGCCUUACUAUAAAUUAUAAAUCUAAUAUGAUAAUAUUAAUAUAUUUUAUUUUGUUUCAAUAUUCAGGAUCUAGGCUCAAUAAAAUAAUGUAAUGCCCAACAGUUCCUUUAAAUAACUGAUGGGCACUACAGCAAUCAUGCUUGAACAAGUCAUCAUUGCUGUACUAUGCUGGAAAUAUUGAUAUCAAGUAUUCAAGGGGAAAAUGUUUAAAAUGUCAAUCAUCUGAUGAGACCAGCUUUAUCACCUAUCUUAGGUGUCCACUUCUGCAACUUCUCAAUUUAUGUGUUAAAAUAUGAAACACUCACACUUGGGAGAUUUGUUCAUUUGUUUUGUAUUUCAAUAUUGUUUUUAAUUGUACAAUUGCAUGCUAUUAUUUGUAUUAACACAGAAGCUGUGUUGCGAUAGUGAGGAAUGUUUUGUUUUUAAUUAGGAAAAGUUGGGAAAAAGUAGUUUUAAAAAAAAAAAAAUCUCAUUUAAAUUAUUUUAAUCAACCACCCAAUUAAAUAUUUAUAUACAAUAUUCCAUCGGCAUAUUAAUAUUAUAAAAAAGAAAAACUAACUCUAGUAAAAAUCCAAGAAUAAACAAAAGGGAGAGAAUCCUACACAGAAACUCAAAGUGUCAUGGCGAAUUGAAAUUUUCACUGCAGUACCUUUACAGUGUAAUAGUGAAUUUAAUUUGUGGUUACUUAUAGUUAUGAGUUACCUUACUACUACUUAAAAGAUUUAAUAAGACUGAGAAGACAAAUUCAUAGCGAAUAGUGCCAGCAUGAGAAGUCGUCUUAGUGUAAAAUUUCCAGGAAAGUGGAUAACUUAUAUUUAUGCUUUAAUUUAUUAUAUAAUUGUGGCAAUGUGCCACUUUUUGUAACUGCAUUUUUUAAACAUUUUUAUAUGCGACUGGGUGCCAACUAUGGGGCAAAGAAGCAUGCUCCUGUGAAACGAUUUUUUACUGAGGUGUGUUCACAUUCACUGAGCUGGGGCACUGGUAAAAAGCUCAUGACAUGGAGGUCAUUGUGGCUACAUAAGGCAGGGAGGAUUUAAACCCGGGCCUUGUAAUUUCUGAGCUGAGAUUUGGAGUGUGUGUGUGGAACGGAUACUUCAAGUCGUCUGCAUGUGUGAGAGACUGUCUGUUUAACAGCUUGUACCUCAAGAAUAAAAGCUAUACUUCUCAGACCUGCAUUUCAUUUUUUGUGUAUUUAAACUGUAAUAAGCCUUGUCAACAGACGGCUACAUAACAAUGACAUAAAAUACAUGACAUCCUUUGUGACCUAUUAUUGCCACAUUUUUCAACUGACCUGUCACAACUUUAGACCGCAUGUAUUUGACUGUUUUCAUUUUUUUUUUCGAGUCCAUUUAGAUCCAGUUAAUAUUUUUAAUGAAAUAGUGAAACGAGGUAUGUGGAAGCUUGAAAUAAGGUAACAGGACAAAAAAACAAGGACGUUUCGGCAUAAAGCCUUCCUCAGCCAACAAUAGAAAUGAAAAUAUAACAAAGAAAAGAACACAGUAGAAAACUCAAGCAGUAUUCAUUCGUCUCUCCGAAUUACUUAUAUAAUGCUUAAAAUGUUACAUUUACGUUUACAGUGUUGCCAAGUAUGGGAGCUAAUUUUUACAAAUGGAUAUUAUGUUUGAUUAUACGCUGUGUGUUUUUUAGAGAUUAAUUAGUGAAUACUCUUCCUCUGCUUGACUUGGUGACAUAUGCUUAUUGUGAUGUAUUGUCUAGUCUGUUGUGUAACAUACGUUUUCGUCGUGAAAGGAGGUUGUGUUUUAUUUCUUUUCCUUCUGUAUAUGGAAUUAACAGUCUGUGAAUCUAAUUAGAUAUUAAAGUUGUAUUUACUAUGUAAAAGGACUUGAGUUGAUUCAGUGCUAGUACCAUGUAUUACAUGUGAAAGAACUUGCUGAAUUAACCAAUCUAGUAUUAACAGAAGUUUGACAACUGUCAAAAUCAUAUGAUUAAUUUAGGCCGUGACACAGUAACACAGAUGCAUCUAUUUAAUUUUUAGCUUUAAUUUAGCUAUCAUCCUUAACAAACAGAAGCAUAUGAUGGAACUCAGCUAUAGAAUUGUUAUGAUUAAAACAUUGCUAUAAUAUUUUUUAAAAAAUCAUUCCAGUUAUGAAAAAAAAUUCUGUGCCCAACAUGCCUGUGAGUGAACGAGCGAGCAUCGCCCAGGCUCCUUCCAACUUAAAGUCUCUGCCCCCAACUCCUAGAAACUUCAGAAAUGUUAGUGCUGACAUAAAAAAAGUCGCAGUCACAAUGCCUGAGAGAGAUGCUGCCGGGCAGAAAAAUGCACAGCUGAUUGAAUUCAACCAGGUUUGUCAUCAGUUUUAUUUUAUUAUUCAUAUUAUCCUGCAUAACAUUACCUUGCCUAAUAAUAACAUAACCUUGCCUAUAAUAACAUUACUUGGAAUAACAUUACCUUGCCCAUAUGCAAUUAGUCUGAGAGACUAAACCAGUCAUGUAAUUACUUGUGAUAAAUCAGUCAGUUUAGUCAUGACUUAGUUUUAUUUUUAGUAUAAAGCUAAAGCCAAUAUUCUGAGCCUCAAGAUGCAGGCAAAGUCUAUCUGGUUUACACAUUCAAUCCAUAAUUUAAAUCUGGUAUUCAAUUACUUUAUUACGGGGUAUCAUGCAAUUCACGCAUAAUGUGAACCGUAACUUUUUAUUUGAAAAAAAACCCUAAAUGCCAUGUUCUUGUAUGAUAGAGUCUUUUAGUCUUGUCCAUAACAAGACUUUUUCCUCCGGAAAGGGGAAAAAUGAGGUUAGAAAUCAGUUGAUUCAAUAACUUUGUCAAGAUGCCAAUAUUUAUACCUCUGUAUUCAAUACUGUAUAGGCUCUGUAUUACUCUAGCUGGCUUAAUUAUCGUUGAAUUAAUUACAUCUAAAUAGUUAUCAAAUCAUGCACAAUCGAUAUCACAAUAGCUAUCAAUUCAUUGUAAAAAAAUCAAAAUUUGCUGAAAACUGGACUUAAAAGAAGUACUUUUAUUUAAAACUUGUGAUUUAUCGAUUUAGUCAACAUGUUGAAUGUCUAUGCUGUAAAGGGGAGAGAACUCAAAAACAUUUCUUUUGGUUUUGUUGAAUAUAAAGUGUUAAGGAAAAAAUUGUAACACCCAUAUGCAUAUGUACAUAUAUUCUGAAAGAUUACUUCAAGUAUCAUUUUUUACCCUAAAUUUCUCAUGUUAUACGUGAUGAUAUACGGAUAAUAUGUGGAGGUGCUGGGUUGCAGAGCGGUCUAAACUGAAUCAUUUCAAAAACCUGUUGGUCUGGAGUUCAAUCCCCACCAAAGCCUAGACAAGCAACAUCGCCAGCACCCGUUAACCUUGGACGGCAACUCAUCUAAGAGAAGGCAAACUCAGAAUUGAAACCCGGAGAUGGAGUCCUUGUAGGCAGAUAACAUUGACAAUGAAUAUUCCGGAAACUCCUGCGAUGCUAAUGGUAGCAGGCUGAUCAUCCACGUGUGAUUUUCCCUUGUCUUAUCUGGGUCCUUGGAGAGAGAGGCAAUUUUCCCUUGUCUUAUCUGGGACCUUGGAGAGAGGCAAUUUUCCCUUGUCUUAUCUGGGUCCUUGGAGAGAGGCAAUUUUCCCUUGUCUUAUCUGGGUCCUUGGAGAGAGGCAAUUUUCCCUUGUCUUAUCUGGGUCCUUGGAGAGAGGCAAUUUUCCCUUGUCUUAUCUGGGUCCUUGGAGAGAGGCAAUUUUCCCUUGUCUUAUCUGGGUCCUUGGAGAGAGGCAAUUUUCCCUUGUCUUAUCUGGGUCCUUGGAGAGAGGCAAUUUUCCCUUGUCUUAUCUGGGUCCUUGGAGAGAGGCAAUUUGCUGUCUAAGGAACCAGCUUAUCCUCCUAUAGAAAAAUCCUGGUGAUUUCUUCCUUCGAAGUCUGCACCAUCAUCACAUUGUGACGGAUGGAUGCUAGAAGAAAAAAAAUAUGGAUAGCCAUAUUUUUUUGUCAUUAUGAAUUUUGCACGAUCAGUUUGCUACAAAUUAUGCAGAAGUUGUCAAAAUGUGAAUGCAGUUUAACAUUUUAGUUCAUUUGCUGUUGAUGGUAGUAGAAAGGUGUUCAAGAGAAUGAUAUGGUGGAAUAGAGAAGACUCAAGUUAUUUCUGAAAAAAAUUAUGUUUAAAAAUAAAGUUUCAUGAACACAUGAAUUUGCUUUCUGACUUGUAUGAAGGUAACUCUUUCCUGCUCAAAGUACCACACAGUCUAUUCUCACAUCUUGUUUUUCAGACUUUGCCUUUAGAAUCAAUUAUUCAAGGCAUAUGUGCAGAGUAAGUAUUUAUUGGCUGUGUAAAAUAUGUUGUUUAAUUUAAGUGAGGCUAUAAAUUAUCAUUCAUUCUCUAUCUGAGUAAUAUAAUCAAGUAUUUCUAAGUCUUUUUGAAAUAAGGAUGUUAAUAUCAUCUUUUACUUUGGCCUACCAAAAGUAUCAGUUUUUAAACAAAUCUGAUUUAGACUUAAUUUAAAGUAUCUAAAUUAGCUUCCCAAUUUAAUUAUCAUUGAUUAAAAUUUUUUUAAUAAGAAUUAAUUAGGCAGAAGGUCAUCUAUUUUUAGCUAUCCUCUUCACUGUUCCAUUCUGAAACUAAACACCAAAGUUUUGUAUUCGCUUUUGUAGUCACCUCUUGAACUAAUUAUACGAUUUUUGGAGUUCAAUUAAACUAAAAUUUUCAAGUAAAUUUAUCAGUCACAAAUAAGUAAUUGUAAAUAAAACACUAUAGGUUGAGCUUUGAUAAUGAUUACACAGAACAAAAAUGUAAACAUUUUGGCAAACGCCUUCAUCUGUACCAAAAAAAACAAACCCUUCACAUAAGUAUAAAUUAAAUUUACACAAUAUAUGCAUAUAUAUUAAUGUAUGUAUGUAUUUAUGUAUGUUUCCUACCUAAAAAUGAAUCAAAACAAAAGAAUACUAGUGGUACAAGUCCCCAACUGAAACAAAGCUCAGAAGAACUUUAAGAGAAGUCACUGGAAUAACUUGAAUAAUCAUGAUGUGUACCUCAUAAACUUACGUACUUGUAACAAAGUGUCCAAUAUUGAAUGUUUGCCUUAAUCCUAUAAUUUAAUCUGCACAUACUCCAAUCUUCAAAAGCUUAACAACCUCAGAUUUCAUUCUAGGCACCUCAUCUAGUUUUAGAAAUUAACUUUUUGCCCCAAAAAUAGUAAUGUAGUUCACGCUGGUUUUUAUACACUCCAAAUAGUACUCUAGUUCCUACUGGCUCUUGUAUACACCAAAUAGUAAUCUAGUUCCCACUGGUUCUUGUAUACACCAAAUAGUAAUAUAGUUCCUACUGGCUCUUGUAUACACCAAAUAGUAAUCUAGUUCCACUGGUUCUUGCAUACACCUCAGUUUCGUUUGAUCAGUAAAAUAAGGAAAUGUUUUAUAUUGAGACUCAAAAUUAUAUUCUAGAAAUAUUCUAGAGUUGCUUCAGAGAAUUUUAAAACUAGUUCCAAGAAAAAUAGCAGUUGAGAUAAUAUUAAAUGUAGAACUUUCUUCAUGAUUAGUUUAUUAAGUUCAAAUUAAUCAUAGUGGAAUGUUUGCGAAUUCUAUAUUUAUUUAUUUUUUCUUGUCAUUUACGCUUGCAGGUGGAAUUUGGAAGACAUAAGUUCAUACGCGCUACGCUUCAAUGAAACCAACCAGAAAAUGUACAUCACAGAAAAAGUAAGUCUGGAUUAACUUAUUACACUAUCCAUAAGUGCAUUACAGAAAAAGUAAGUCUGAAUUUACUUAUUACACUAUCCAUAUGUACAUCACAGAAAAAGUAAGUCUGAAUUUACUUAUUACACUAUCCAUAUGUUCAACAUAACUUGUUUUGAUUUAAGUUAGCAAGCACUUUUUUAAAAUAUAUCUAUUGUCUACACCAUUCAUUUCAUUGAUUCAUUAAUUCAUUAUCCACUUAUCCCAUUCAAUAAUCCACUCAUUUACUAAUUCUCUUUGUAUUAAAUUGACUUUGAUACUUGUUUCAGAACCGUAAAGACAUUCAGAAUGGACAGGUUUUAAAUCUAACCCUAUCAGCUGUAAGUUGUUCUUAGAAUAUUGAAAUGAAUGAGUGGAGUUAAAAAGUACAUUAAAAUCAUUGAAGCCUCAAACAAAUUGGACAAAAAUAUCUUUACAUAAAACACUAUGUAUAAACAUAUCUUUAAAUACAACACUAUUUAUAAACAUAUCUUUAAAUACAACACUAUUAACAUAUCUUUAAAUAAAACGCUAUAUUUAAACAUAUCUUUAAACACAACACAAUAUAGAAAUAUCUAUUAUGCUCUUUAAAAAAAACAACAAAGAAACAAGUUUAAAUUUUCAUAAUUUUUUAAGGAAGGUGACAAAAGUAUUAGGAAGAGGGGACAUAGUUACAGGUGACAUAGUUACAGGUGACAUAGCUACAGGUUACAUAGCUACAGGUGACAUAGGUACAUGUGACAUAGUUACAGGUGACAUAGUUACAGGUGACAUAGCUACAGGUGACAUAGCUACAGGUGACAUAGUUACAGGUGACAUAGCUACAGGUGACAUAGUUACAGGUGACAUAGUUACAGGUGACAUAGUUACACAUGACAUAGUUACACAUGACAUAGUUACAGGUGACAUAGUUUGUUGAGGUGACAGAAGUGUCUUAAUUAGAGAUGACGUAUUUAGAGUGGACUUUGAGGUGACUUAGCAUGAUGUGACAUAGUUAGAUGUGUCUUAGCUAGAGUUAACAUAGCUAGAGGUGACAUAGUUAAAAUGACAUAGAGGUGACAUAGUUAAAAUGACAUAGAUAUGACAGUUAACCUAGAGGUGACAUUGUUAGAGCUUACUUGGUUAGGGAUAAGCUAGUUAGAGGGCGCAUAGUUAGAUACAAUAGAAGUUAGAGCUUAGAGCUGAAAUAAAAGUAACUUAGCAGUGACAUAUUUAGAGUUGACUUAGAGAUGAAUUAGAGGUGGUUUAGUUGGUGAUGACAAAGUUAGGGAUGACUUACUUAGAGGUGACUGAGUCAGAGCCGACUAAUUUUGUGAAACUAUUUUCUCCACUUCCAGGGCAGAACAGCUAAAGCUAUAAAACAAGCGUUAAGUGGGUCAAGGCUAGAGGACAAGAAUUCAGCCCUGCGUAGUCUGUCUUUCCUUUCAUCAGACAUAACAUUUUCUGAAGAGUUUGUCAAGAUCCAAGGUCAUAUAUUACUCAUUGAUAUUGUCACAGGAGGAAACUAGUGAGUCAUGUCCCCCCCCCCCCCCUUAUUUUUUUUUUUUGUUGUUGUAAUGUAGCACUUAAGUUUCUAAAAACAAAUACCAUAUUGAUGAGUUGCCUAGAGUUGUUGCCUAGGGCUGGAUCUAGAAAUUCUAUUCCAAUACCUUGUGUUUGAUAUCAAUGGAGAUUUUAUUAUUUUUUUUUCAGCUAGUGUAAAUUUUUUUAUUAGUUAAAAAGCUCUGAGCUAUGUUUUUGUGAGGCAAAGAUUAAAAAAUGUACAUGACUAAGUCUUUCUGAAAUUCCAGCUGGAGCCAAAUUUAAAGAAUUUGAUAAUAGUAAUACUAUUAUGACACCUGCAUAUCAACGGGUUUUGAAUUUCCGAUCCUAAAAAUACAUAAGCAGGGGGGUGGUUUAUUCUUGAUAUGAAAUAGCUGGCUUUUUCUCCUUGACAUAACGCUAAACUUAAAAGCUUAAGCUGUCAUUGGGAACCAACUAAUACUUUUUAUGGAUCAUAUCCAAAUUAUAAGCUAUUUAUUAAUUGACUGAUAUGAGAAGACUUUUUUUAACAAAGUCUGUUCAACUAUUUUAAACUAGAGUCCUUUAUUUCCUUGGUUGAUUCCUGGCUGUGCUAGCAUCUGAAUGAUAUAGAGUUGAUUCCUGGCUGUGCUAGCAUCUGAAUGAUAUAGAGUUGAUUCCUGGCUGUGCUAGCAUCUGAAUGAUAUAGAGUUGAUUCCUGGCUGUGCUAGCAUCUGAAUGAUAUAGAGUUGAUUCUACAGACUUGCAAUGUUAGUGUCUGAAUGAUAUAGAGUUAAUUCUACAGACUUGCAAUGUUAGUGUCUGAAUGAUAUAGAGUUGAUUCUACAGACUUGCAAUGUUAGCAUCUGAAUGAUAUAGAGUUGAUUCUACAGACUUGCAAUGUUAGUGUCUGAAUGAUAUAGAGUUGAUUCUACAGACUUGCAAUGUUAGUGUCUGAAUGAUAUAGAGUUAAUUCUACAGACUUGCAAUGUUAGUGUCUGAAUGAUAUAGAGUUGAUUCUACAGACUUGCAAUGUUAGCAUCUGAAUGAUAUAGAGUUGAUUCUACAGACUUGCAAUGUUAGUGUCUGAAUGAUAUAGAGUUGAUUCUACAGACUUGCAAUGUUAGCAUCUGAAUGAUAUAGAGUUGAUUCUACAGACUUGCAAUGUUAGCAUCUGAAUGAUAUAGAGUUUAUUCUACAGACUUGCAAUGUUAGUGUCUGAAUGAUAUAGAGUUGAUUCUACAGACUUGCAAUGUUAGCAUCUGAAUGAUAUAGAGUUGAUUCUACAGACUUGCAAUGUUAGCAUCAGAAUGAUAUAGAGUUGAUUCUACAGACUUGCAAUGUUAGCAUCUGAAUGAUAUAGAGUUGAUUCUACAGACUUGCAAUGUUAGUGUCUGAAUGAUUUAGAGUUGAUUCUACAGACUUGCAAUGUUAGCAUCUGAAUGAUAUAGAGUUGAUUCUACAGACUUGUGUCGCGAAGCGUUUCUUCUGUAUGGCCAAGUCUUUCACUGCACUCCGUUCAGCAGCACACCAUACACAAACAGUCACCAAUGCAACAAACAGCAACCGGUUUGUUGUAAACGAAAGUUUAUUUAUCACUACUCGAUGAACAAGACUUGAUGUAUAAUUUCAGAAUUUGAUAAUAAAUCACUCCAACCAAAUAUUAAUCAACAUACCAAUCCAAACACUUCUGCCAGUAUAUUCCCCAUCAAUUCUCUCAGCACAACACUUAACAGUAUUCAAUCCACAACAGUCAAUGUAGCACAUCCGCCAUCACUCUUCUCUAACCACCACGAAAACUAACGCGUCACUUCCCACUACACAAUUACGUCACACACUCUCACACAAACGAUACGGCUGCACAUAAAAUCUCUAACGAACAUCUUUUCCCUAUCAAACAUGACAACAACGCUCUACACAUAACAUCAGUGAUUCUCAUACCCUCGACAUAUCCCCCCUCUUCCGCUAGAUUCUACUCCACGAGUAGAAUCUUUCAAAAUGAAAAGUCAGGGUAUGGAAUCACUGUUGGGUCAUACUGACUCAUACAGCAAGUAACAAUCUCAAAGCAGGUUAUUUACCACCUGUAACAUCGGUUUCUACUUCUACCUUCUAAUUAGAUAGAUUUUACACGCAUAAACAACAACAAAAAUCAUGGGUUAUUUAUGUCAUAUCUAAAUAAUUACUGUUCAUAAUAAAUCAACGAAGAAAAUCCUUACAAUAACAUUAUGAUUUUAAGGCAACUAAUCAUCUUUGACAUCUGUUUACAGAACCAACUCACUAAUAAUAAAUAAACCUUUACAAGUGGCAAAAAAUGGCCAAAAGACAAAUGUCAAUAUCCGUCAAUUCAUGAGGACAGCCAUAAAUUGUCCAGUCUACUACUAAGCUUUUAAGGGCGGAAUAUUUCGCUUGUCCGACGCCUGGUAGAAAGUAUGCAAACCUGCAUUCCAAUUUGAUCCUCCCCAGCCAACCAUUACUUGUCUCACCACACAUGACACCAAGUCAACCCACAACAACAACAAGCAUGUCACGCCCAACACCAAUGCAUGACCCAUGGGCACACCACAGUGUCCACACAAACCAGCAAUACAAGACUCGCAACCCUCACCUCCCGGCUCAAGGAAACCCUUCACCUCCUCAACACAAUCAAAAUCCUCAUUCAACCCACAGUCCGAGCAAUGUCCGCUCUCAACCAAUGAGCCCUCCUGACUCUCGCGACACAAAUCAUCAGCCACAGCAAAGGUCCCGUCAUCCAACCCCACACCAGGGAAAAAGUUCACCUCCUCCACGGAAACUAUGUAGCCACGCUUAAACCCGCUAGCUACAAUCAGAUUUUCUGAGUCUAAGAUAGACUCAACCCUAUGAUGGUUCUCAAACUUAGAGCAAUCCGUGUCUUUAAUUCUACAAACUUCAACAGUCGGACUACUAUCCUCAUAGCUCCACAUGAAAUGAUUUUCAACGACUUCUACUUUAUUGUAUUUACGUCCCCAUCUUGGGACAGCCUUUGACAAGCUCCCGAUUUCAACUUCGCAAACACCGUGACCUGUCCAGGUCCUAACACCUACAAAAUCUCGUGCACAACACAAAUCAUCAUUCUCAACAAAGUGCUGCCGCAUAAACCCAAAAUCUCCCUGUUGUACGAAAGCAAAAGAACCCUCUGUUACAUUAUCAAAGCAUCUCUCGUGUGUCAUAGCACAGCUCUCAUGUUGUGUAUUAUCAAAGCAUCUCUCGUGUGUCAUAUCACAGCUCUCAUGUUGUGCAUUAUCAAAGCAUCUCUCGUGUGUCAUAACACAGCUCUCAUGUUGUGCAUUAUCAAAGCAUCUCUCGUGUGUCAUAACACAGCUCUCAUGCUGUACAUUAUCAAAAUCAACAGCCCGUACAGUAUCACCAGUGUCGUCUUGUACUCCAUCAAAAAAAAUACAUUGUCCAAAAUCACACAUUACAUUUUCAUCAACAACAUCUACAUGGACUCCACUAUAAGCAUCAUGUGGUAUGUCAUCAAAAAUCAUAUCCUGUACAAAAUCCAAAUUCACAUGUUUAACACGUAAAAAAUAUGUAUCUCGUGUUUCCCCUCUGUUUUCUAUUAUGGUUACCACCUCACUAGAUGCUACAGAGAACUCCCUGUCCCUACACUCCGUUACAAUGGCUUGGGAUUCCUCUGGAUAGCUAUCCUCUUCCACAUAUCUGAACUGAUUCUUCUUAGUUUCUACUUCUGCUCUGUAAAGGCUAUCAUGUGCUUCCUUCCCUGACCUCUCGCUAUACCUAUUCUCUCUAGUGUAAGGAUUAUCACAGUUAAUACUAAUUAUCCCAUCUAUUCUAGCGCUAUCCCAUUCUAGUCCCUCACAAUCGCUAUUGUCACUGUCAUAAAAUUCUUGACUCCUGAUUUUUUCUUUUGUUUCCCCGUUUUGUCUGGCAAUGUGUUCAAAGUUUACAAUGUGAUCGUCCGGUUCCUUGUCGCUGUCGUAUUUAAGGAGCCAUAAGUGAUCAUUUUUGUUGGGUCUUGUUUGGUCACCAUUACGUAUUGUAACCCCAUUUUUUAUUUUGUCUAAUUCAAUUUUUUUAUCUGUUUCUAUUUUCAACUUCUUAAGUUCAUAUUCCCUUUCUUUGAUUCUUCUCUUUUCUUCUCGCUCUUCUUCUUCCCUUUUUCUUUUUUUUUCUCGCUCCUCAUUUUCCCUUCUUCUUUUUUCUUCUCGCUCCUCCUUUUCCCUUCUUCUUUUUUCUUCUCGCUCCUCAUUUUCCCUUCUUCUUUUUUCUUCUCGCUCCUCCUUUUCCCUUCUUCUUUUUUCUUCUCGCUCCUCCUUUUCCCUUCUUCUUUUUUCUUCUCGCUCCUUUUCUUCACUUUUUCUCUUUUCUUCUCGCUCUUCCCUUCUUUUUUCUUCUCGCUCCUCUUCUUGUAUUUUCCCCCAUUGGUCCCUUACAAAUGUAUCUAACUCCAGUCCCGUAAAUCUGAGGUACUUUUCUCCCACCUCCCGAAUUUCGGCUAUUAUUUCCGAUAUGGUUCUCUUAGGUUCCAUGUGUAAUAAUUUACUCCUACAAAUUUAUAUGUUCAAAUACUGUACAGCUUUUCUCAAUAUAAGAUAAAUACUAUAAUCUUAAAUAACUAUAAUAAUAAUACUUAUGUACUUAACAUGUUACUUAACUGUGCUUGACUUGACCUGUAUCGAAAACACACAAUAUAAGAAUGUCACAGUUUUAGGUAAUAGUGUCUAAUUGGGCCUACUUUGUUGACCCGGUGGCAUGCACUGGUGGUAGAUGCAUAGGCGCUCCGGUUGUAGGUGCGGCGAUGAUCUAGAUGCGGCACAGUGACGAUCCGGUCGGUGGUUUGCUUCGUGCCAAGGACAGGUGGACACAGCAAACAGCGGUGUACAGCAACCGGCGGAAUAGUUAUCAGCGAAACACAGCAAACAGCAGGACACAGCAAUCAGCGGGACACAACAAUCAGCAGGACACAGUAAUCAGCGUGACACAGCAAUCAGCAGGACACAGCAAUCAGCGGGACACAGCAAUCGGCGGGACACAGCAAUCGGCGGGACACAGCAAUCGGCGGGACACAGCGGCAGGAUACGUCAGCAGCGGUGUACAACCCAAUCAGCGGGUCACAGCAUUGGACGGUUGCCUCAGCUGGGACAGGAGACACACGACAAGCACCUCAGACGACCUCGGACAAGCGACACACAGCCUCAGACAGAUGUGCCAGGAUGCCUCACACAACGGAGGGUCGAUGUUCACAGCCCCGUGGAGGUUGAUACUUCCGUGUCGGACAGUGACACACAGCUUCAGGCGGCGACACACAGUUUCGGGCGAACGACACACUGGUUCGGGUGGCGACACAAAGCUUCUGGCGGCGGCAUACAGGUUCGGGCGGAGAUUAUACUGCCCAGCCCCGGACAGGGAUGGUAAUUCGGACGGCCUGACACUUCACAGCUUCAGACAGGAUGAUUCUGAACUCCCCUUGAUUCGUUCGGACGAGCCCUACACUUCCCAGCUUCAGACAGUAUGAUUCUUAACUGCCCUUGAUUCGUUCGGACGAGGAUGAUACUUAACAGCUUCUUUCGGACGAGCCCCCAAUGUCGCGAAGCGAUUCUUCUGUAUGGCCAAGUCUUUCACUGCACUCCGUUCAGCAGCACACCAUACACAAACAGUCACCAAUGCAACAAACAGCAACCGGUUUGUUGUAAACGAAAGUUUAUUUAUCUUAAUCAACAUACCAAUCCAAACACUUCUGCCAGUAUAUUCCCCAUCAAUUCUCUCAGCACAACACUUAACAGUAUUCAAUCCACAACAGUCAAUGUAGCACAUCCGCCAUCACUCUUCUCUAACCACCACGAAAACUAACGCGUCACUUCCCACUACACAAUUACGUCACACACUCUCACACAAACGAUACGGCUGCACAUAAAAUCUCUAACGAACAUCUUUUCCCUAUCAAACAUGACAACAACGCUCUACACAUAACAUCAGUGAUUCUCAUACCCUCGACAACUUGCAAUGUUAGCAUCUGAAUGAUAUAGAGUUGAUUCUACAGACUUGCAAUGUUAGUGUCUGAAUGAUAUAGAGUUGAUUCUACAGACUUGCAAUGUUAGUGUCUGAAUGAUUUAGAGUUGAUUCUACAGACUUUCAAUGUUAGCAUCUGAAUGAUAUAGAGUUGAUUCUACAGACUUGCAAUGUUAGUGUCUGAAUGAUAUAGAGUUGAUUCUACAGACUUGCAAUGUUAGUGUCUGAAUGAUAUAGAGUUGAUUCUACAGACUUGCAAUGUUAGUGUCUGAAUGAUAUAGAGUUGAUUCCUGGCCAUGCUAGUGUCUGAAUGAUAUUUUAUUCUACAGACUGGCCAUAUAUAUUAGUGUCUGAAUGAUUUAGAGUUUAUUCCUGGCCAUGUUAGUGUCUGAAUGAUAUUUUAUUCUACAGACUGGCCAUAUAUAUUAGUGUCUGAAUGAUAUAGAGUGGAUUCCUGGCCAUGCUAGUGUCUGAAUGAUAUAGAGUUGAUUCAUGGCCAUGUACGUGUGAGAAUGAUAUAGAGUUCAUUCAUGGCCAUGUUAGUGUCUAAAUAAUAUAGAGUUUUUUCUACAGACUGGCCAUAUAUAUUAGUGUCUGAAUGAUAUAGAGUUGAUUCCUGGCCAUGCUAGUGUCUGAAUGAUAUAGAGUUGAUUCAUGGCCAUGUAAGUGUGAGAAUGAUAUAGAGUUCAUUCAUGGCCAUGUUAGUGUCUAAAUAAUAUAGAGUUUUUUCUACAGACUGGCCAUGUUAGUGUCUGAAUGAUUGUGAUAUAAAUGUUACUUUAUUUUUCCUACAGCAAAGGUGACCCUCUUUCCUACACACUCAAGUCAUUUGUGUCCAUCAUGGAGCAUGGCAUUGUCAGUUGGGAGAUUCUGGAUCAAGAUUUCAUUAGAAAAGUUAGUUUGUCCUAAAUGUUAGAAUAGGCUAAUCCAGUGAUAAUCAAGGUGGAGGGUGCCAUACUAAAUGUUGGAAUAUUCUAAUCCAGUGAUAAUCAAGGGGGAGGGUGCUGCCCACCAGGCUGGGGGGGUGGGGGUGGGGUGGCAUUUGGUCUGUUGGAAAUACUUUUUAAAAAAAAUUUAAAUUAUAAAAAAAAGGUUAGGUCUUAAAUUUGGUUUUCAUUGUCAGUAGCAAAGAAGAGUUGACGAUGGAGGUAUUUCUUCUCCAAAUAAAGAAGAGAUUGUUUCUGUUUUUAAAACAGGUGGGCCAUAUGAACCGUGGUUAAUACAUUUAAUACAUUCAAAUUUAACUAGACCCUGUGAGCAUUCAACUCUUAAGGCUGAGAAUUUUGGGAAAGACUUGUAUAGCAUAAUGAUAUUAAAAGCUCUGAAUCAGAUGACUUUGAAGAAGUUGAAUUUUUCCUUAUGGCUAAUGUUUGUAGGUUUUGCAGCAGAUGAAAUUUUGGAGCAAAACAACAAAUACUUGAGUUCAUAUUUUAGAGUAGUUCAAAGCCAUUAUAGGAUUUUCUUUUAAUGGGUGAAAAAAUUUUUUUUUUUAAAUUUCAAUGCAGUUUUUGUAGUAGAUGAGGGGCUUAUUCAGCAAAAAUAAUUUAAUUAUGACAAUUAUCAUCAAAUGUUGUCCACCGUGAAUAGCUCCUUGUGACAUUCUCAUCACUGUAUUUGGUGGAAGGUGGUUUUUAGCAAAGAAAUAUUAUAUACCAUAUUACAAAAAUUGAUUUCCCAUGACCAGAACUCAACACGUGCCUCAAUCACAUUAAGAAUAUCUCACCAGUGUAGCCAUUAAACAUCUCAAACAUUUGCUCAAUAAUGGUCCUUAUAAGUUACUGCUGGAUUAUAGUAAUCAGAUUAUUGUGUUAGACAUCUCAAACAUUUGCUCAAUAAUGGUCCUUAUAAGUUACUGCUGGAUUAAAGUCAUCAGAUUAUUGUGUUAGACAUCUCAAACAUUUGCUCAAUAAUGGUCCUCAAAAGUUACUGUUUAAUUGUUUAAUUUACACAAUUAUAGUGUUUCAUUUGUAUUUUGAUUAAUUGUUCAGACAUAUAUUAAAACGUAACAUUUCAUUCUGUUGUUAUCUCCCAUAGAGGCUCAUAAAAAACUUUAUUCCGAAAGUGCUCAUAAUUUAUUUUAGGGGGGGGGUGGGGGGGGGGGUCGAAGCAAAAUUAUAGGACGUAAAAAAAUUGAAAAACAAAUGGUCUAAUCAAUGUUCAAUAAGACUGUCGUUGGGAGACAUCUAUGUAGAGAAGAAAUGGUCUAAUCAAUUUUCAAUAAGACUGUCAUUGGGAGACAUCUAUGUAGAGAAGAAAUGGUCUAAUCAAUUUUCAAUAAGACUGUCAUUGGGAGACAUCUAUGUAGAGAAGAAAUGGUCUAAUCAAUUUUCAAUAAGACUGUCAUUGGGAGACAUCUAUGUAGAGAAGAAAUGGUCUAAUCAAUUUUCAAUAAGACUGUCAUUGGGAGACAUCUAUGUAGAGAAGAAAUGGUCUAAUCAAUUUUCAAUAAGACUGUCAUUGGGAGACAUCUAUGUAGAGAAGAAAUGGUCUAAUCAAUUUUCAAUAAGACUGUCAUUGGGAGAAAUCUAUGUAGAGAAGAAAUGGUCUAAUCAAUUUUCAAUAAGACUGUCAUUGGGAGACAUCUAUGUAGAGAAGAAAUGUUAUGUAAUUAUUUGGAACGACAAAACUCAACCUAAAAUGAUGUAUUAGAAUUUAAAAAUGGCGUGGGUGGGGUGUGGCUGGGGCUGUUCACAAGUUAUUCAUAUUUAAUGUUUAUGCACAGAUAGAUUGUAUAUUUUUUUUCUAAUUUAGUUACAAACAUUGGUUUGCAGAUGCAAGAAUGUCUCAUCAGACAUGUAGUCUGGCUAUAAUGUGGAGUCAGCACUUCUAUAGUCCAUUUUUUACCUGCAGUCUUCCUAGACUUUGAUUAGCAUUCUAGCUGGAUUGAUAUUAUAUGAGCGAUAGCGUGUUGUCUCUACUUAACAUUAUAGUUAAAUGCCUUCAUUUCACUUCUGCGUAUUGUUUAUUUCUCUGAUUCAGGUAGCAGAAUGUGUCAAUGUUUCAGCCAAUAAUUUAGACACGCAGUGUCUUCAGUCAGCCCUUGACAUACUGGAGUCGGUUGUUCUAUAUUGGUAACUAUCAUUGGUAUACCAACUAUAUUGGUAAUAUAUUAGUACAAUCACAUACUCAGAUAAGCAUUUUUAUAAUUAUCAAAUGUUUGAUAUCAAAUUAUUAGGUGUGACAACUUCAAUUGUUGUUAUUUAGUCAUUUCUAUCCUGUCAUUUCUACACCACACCACCCACACAAAUACUACUACACCCCCAUACAGCUACUGCUACACCCCAGAACAGCUUCUGCUACACUUUAAAAACAAUUUAGUUACAUCACAGUGAUACUUUAAAAACAAUUUAGUUACAUCACAGGGAUACUUUAAAAACAAUUUAGUUACAUCACAGUGAUACUUUAAAAACAAUUUAGUUACAUCACAGUGAUACGUCAAAAACAAUUUAGUUGCAUGACAGGUAUAUUUUAAAAACAAUUUAAUAAUGUACUAAUGGAUAGAACAUGUACCCAUUGUGAGAAUCAUUGAUUUGCAUUGAAUGGAUGUUUUAUUCUUGCAUUAUGUCAAAGCUAGAGCAAGACCUUUUUGUGCUUUUGUCAAAUAUAUCUAAUGCAUUUUUUUUCAUUUCUGAUUUUUUUUUUUUCUUGCGCAGUUCGGGAAAACAAAAUGUCAUUGAGCAAGUAGUGACGCCAAUCAAUGUCAUCCCACAUUUAGAAAGGUAAGUAGUGACACCAGUCAAUUUCAUCCCACAUUUAGAAAGGUAGGGUUUUUUUACACUAUAAGCCUAGUGUUAGGACAGGUAGUCAAUGUUAUUCCACAUUCAGAGAGAUGUGUUGCAUUUUAUCCUAUUACUCUAAAAUUGGGAUAGGUAGAGACCCUCUUAAGGGUGAGUAUUUUGGCCACAUAAUUGAUAUAUAAUUAUUGCACAUGUCCUGGAAACACUGAUUGAUUCAUAGUUUGUACAUUUCCUGGCAGCACUGAUUAGUUCAUAGUUUGUACAUGUCUUGGAAGCACUUAUUUGUUCAUAGUUUGUACAUGUCUUGGAAGCACUGAUUUGUUCAUAGUUUGUACAUGUCUUGGAAGCACUGAUUUGUUCAUAGUUUGUACAUGUCUUGGAAGCACUGAUUUGUUCAUAGUUUGUACAUGUCUUAGAAGCACUUAUUUGUUCAUAGUUUGUACAUGUCUUGGCAGCACUGAUUUGUUCAUAGUUUGUACAUGUCUUGGAAGCACUGAUUUGUUCAUAGUUUGUACAUGUCUUGGAAGCACUGAUUUGUUCAUAGUUUGUACAUGUCUUGGAAGCACUGAUUUGUUCAUAGUUUGUACAUGUCUUAGAAGCACUUAUUUGUUCAUAGUUUGUACAUGUCUUGGCAGCACUGAUUUGUUCAUAGUUUGUACAUGUCUUGGAAGCACUGAUUUGUUCAUAGUUUGUACAUGUCUUGGAAGCACUUAUUUGUUCAUAGUUUGUACAUGUCUUGGAAGCACUGAUUUGUUCAUAGUUUGUACAUGUCUUGGAAGCACUGAUUUGUUCAUAGUUUGUACAUGUCUUGGAAGCACUUAUUUGUUCAUAGUUUGUACUUGUCUUGGAAGCACUGAUUUGUUCAUAGUUUGUACAUGUCUUGGAAGCACUGAUUUGUUCUUAGUUUGUACAUGUCUUGGAAGCACUGAUUUGUUCAUAGUUUGUAAAUGUCUUGGAAGCACUGAUUUGUUCAUAGUUUGUACAUGUCUUGGAAGCACUGAUUUAUUCAUAGUUUGUACAUGUCCUGGCAGCACUGAUUUGUUCAUAGUUUGUAAAUGUCUUGGAAGCACUGAUUUGUUCAUAGUUUGUACAUGAUGUACCAUCAUUAACUGAAGUGAACAUCUUUGUUUCAGCAAAAGUCAAGAUGUACAGAAAAAUGCCAUUGCCUUGAUCAAUGCACUCUUUACCAAGGCUGAUGAGAGCAAGAGAAAAGUAAGUACCAUCAAAAGAAUAGUAAGUACCAUCAAAAUAAAAGUAAGUACCAUCAUAAUAAAAGUAAGUACCAUCAUAAUAAAAGUAAGUACCAACAAAAUAAAAGUAAGUACCAUUAAAGUAAGUACCCUCAAAGUAAAGAUUACUUAGUAGAGAGGAUUUAUUUAUCUUAAUCCAUCUUUAUUUCAUGUCAACAAGUCGGUCAUAAUCAUUUCAUUUCAACAAGUCGGCUAUAAUCAUUUGAGUUUUUUUUAACUUGAUCUUCAUUCUUCUCAAACGUUGUCUACAACACAUCACUUGUUUCUUCAACAUCUUACUGUUAAUGAGAUCUUCUAAAUAACUUAGGAAUAAUAUUCAUUUUUAUUUUUCUUUCUAGAAAAUUGCUGAAAGUCUGCAGUCACAGAAGAUGAGGAAUAACAUACUCAGUGUAAGUAAAGUGGGAGAGGAAGGGAGGCGGGCUAGGAGGGAGGCGGGCUAGGAGGGAGGGAAGGGACAGAAGAUGAGGAAUAACAUACUCAGUGUAAGUAAAGUGGGGGAGGAAGGUAGGAGGGCUAGGAGGGAGGGAAGGGACAGAAGAUGAGGAAUAACAUACUCAGUGUAAGUAAAGUGGGGGAGGGAGGUAGGGUGAGAUCAGGGAUGGAGGCAGCUUGUAUGCAGGGAGAGGGUAGGCAAGGGGACAGGAGGAAGAGAGAGGGGAGGGAGGGAGGGAGGCAGGGCUGAGCUAGAGCUCAUUUUGUUACACUGAAUGGCUCCCAACUUAGAUAUUUACACCUCAGUAUGGACAAGUCCUCAACACUGACUUAGAUAUUAACACCUCAGUAUGGACAAGUCCUCAACACUGAGUUAGUUUUGGUCAAUGUCUUAGUCCUCAUUCUGAUUAAUUUAGUAAAGAGUAGAUUGAUUAUAUCAAAGUAAACUGUAUAUUGAUUACAUUGAUUAUAUCAAUAUAAACCGUAGAUUGAUUGUAUCAAGCACAGCAAAGCUUUCAAGAACUUUCGGGAAUAGUUGUUAGACACUUGUAUUUGGGGUUGUUCAGAAUGUUGAAAACAAAGCCCCCUCAUAUUUCAAUGAUCUAUUUCAGAAUGUGAUUCGUGGUGGGACCAAUGUUGGCUCAGGGAUGGCCCAUGAGCUCUAUGUGCUACAGACCUUGCUGCUCAAUCUGAAUGAAGACAGGAUGAGGAAGGGCGUUGACAUUCACGAUCCUGUAAGAAUUUGUCCCAUUUACCAAGAUAACCACCCAACAGUGUGUCCCUAUUUACCCGAGAUAACCACCCAACAGUGUGUCCCUAUUUACCCGAGAUAACCACCCAACAGUGUGUCCCUAUUUACCCGAGAUAACCACCCAACAGUGUGUCCCUAUUUACCCGAGAUAACCACCCAACAGUGUGUCCCUAUUUACCUGAGAUAACCACUCAAUAUUGUGUCCUAUUUACCCAAGAUAACCACCCAACAGUGUGUCCCUAUUUACCCGAGAUAACCACCCAACAGUGUGUCCCUAUUUACCCGAGAUAAACACUUAAUAUUGUGUCCUAUUUACCCAAGAUAACCACCCAACAGUGUGUCCCUAUUUACCCGAGAUAACCACUCAAUAUUGUGUCCUAUUUACCCAAGAUAACCACGCAACAGUGUGUCAUAUUGACCCAGAUAACCACCCAACAGCUAGUCCCUAUUUACCCAAGAUAACCAUCUAACAGUUUGUCAUAUUGACCCAAGAUAACCAUCUAACAGUUUGUCGUAUUGACCCAAGAUAACCACUCAACAGUGUGUCGUAUUGACCCAGAUAACCACCCAACAGCUAAAAACAUAAUCUUAUCCUGCCACAUAUUGAAACAGUUUCAAGAUCUCUAAUGUAAAUCAUUUAAAGUCAAGAUAAUUAUCUGACUGGGUUUUAAAGUUUUACUUAUCAAAAGUUAUCAGAAGAGUUGUUACCAUCAGGAUAUUUAAUAUACUUGUCGGUUCCAUAAAAAACCCAAUGGGACUAACAACUGAGUUUGCAGAAUGACGUCAAUACAAUCAGUUUCAAAGGAGUGCCUCUGCCCCCCACUAUAAAGAGACGGGAACAUUGAUUCACAUUGUCAAUAAGUAUUGACAAUUUCAAUGCUAUUCACACUGUCAAUGCUAUUCACAUUGUCAAUACUAUUCACACUGUCAAUACUAUUCACACUGUCAAUACUGUUCACAUUGUCAAUACUAUUCACACUGUCAAUACUAUUCAUACUGUCAAUACUAUUCACACUGUCAAUACUAUUCACACUGUCAAUACUAUUCACACUGUCAAUACUAUUCACACUGUCAAUACUAUUCACACUGUCAAUACUAUUGACACUGUCAAUGGUAUUCAGACUGUCAAUGCUAUUCACAUUGUCAAUGCUAUUCACACUGCCAAUGUCAUUCACACUGUCAAUGCUAUUCACACUGUCAAUGCUAUUCACACUGUCAAUGCUAUUCACACUGUCAAUGCUAUUCACACUGUCAAUGCCAUUCACACUGUCAAUGCCAUUCACACUGUCAGUACUAUUCACAUUGUCAAUACUAUUCACACUGUCAAUGCUAUUCAAACCGUCAAUGCUAUUCACACUGUCAAUACUAUUCACAUUGUCAAUGCUAUUCACACUGCCAAUUCUAUUCACACUGUCAAUACUAUUCACACUGUCAAUGCUAUUCACACUGUCAAUGCUAUUCACACUGCUAAUGCUAUUCAACUGUCAAUGCUGUUCACGUUCAGUUCUUCUGAUACACAAGUUGUAGGAAGUAAACAUUGGCCAAAUCGUCCCAGUCAAUAAGUCGAGAUUACUAUGACCAUCUGAAGUGAAAUAUUUUAACUCAUUGUUUUCAGGCCAUUAAUCGAGAAAUCGAAGAGCUUCGCCGCAUUGCCUUCGAUGUUGAAGGGGACCCAAAUAUCAAUACCGUUCGUAAAUCACAGAACUCAUCCAAAGAAUACAAGAAACUGGGAUUUGAGGUAUUUCUAGUAAUCCAAUGAAGCAAAAAAAAAAAAGGUUUUGUGGUCACUUUUUGGACAGACCAUUUCACAAGUUUAUCAACUAAAAAACUUCUUUUUUUAAAUUGAGCCUUCCACAAUCCUUUACUUUAUUCAACCAAAUUAGUCUUUCUAUUUAUAUGGCAUCCUCCCGUCUUCACGAGACGAUGGAGUAACUAUGUAGUCCUACACUUUGACGAGUGGCUCACUAGGCCAAUCCUAGAAUGACAAUCUCGACUCCAUUUCUCGCUGGAGAAUAUUGAUUCCUGGUAAGAUCUUGACUUCCGUAUUGUUAAUUUCAUUGCAAGGGCCUCGUUUCGCGUAUCUUCUGCCUUUUUUACUCCUUCAUACAUUGCUCUUCGCCAGCUGGAAUGUUGUUCAGCAAUGAGCUCCCAUUCGUUGUUUUCAAUAGUCUUCUAUAGGCCAUUCAAUGCCUGCCAUUUUAUUAAUAAAUAUAUAUGCACAGUAACAUAUAAAAGUGCAAGGCAGAUUCAGAUGGCUUUCUUGGAGACAGUUUGUUAAAAUACAUACAUCCAAUAUGUUUUAUUUUAAGUAGCAAAAUUAUUUGUCGAUAAGUUGUUUCUAAAUAUCAAAACUGAGUAACAAAAUAUUUUGAUUGCUGUAUGUUUUCAGAAUGCCAACCCAAUAGAGGACUUUGUUGCCGCCCCUCCUGGUAUAUUAGCAUUAGACGUUAUGUUGUACUUUGCUCGUAAUCAUGGAGAAAACUAUGUCAAGGUCAGGCAUUGCUUUACUUUUGAAAAUUCUAAACUGUUAAGCUUGUACUUAAAUAAAUGCAUUAGUACAUUAAAUAGUUUCAAGUGAUUAGGAUGUAAUGGUAUGUUUUUUUUAUGAGUGCUCUAAAGUAUCCAAGAACUUCCCCAUUUGCUGGCGUAAUUUUAUGUUAACGGCUGGUCCCGAAAUUUAAUGACCUAGAUGGAUUGGUACAUACUUAUGAGCUUCAGAAGAAAUGACAUCAAGGUGACCAAAAUGACAUCUUUGGUUUUGCUUUGGUUUUGAAAUUUCCAAUAAUGUAGAUUGAUUGGACUAAGAUGUAGAUUACAUACUCACUCUGUAUAUAUAUAUAUGGCAGCCUUCCGUCCUCACUAGAUGAUGGAGCAGCUUAUUGACACAUCAUCAAAUGGCUUAAGAGGCCACCCCUUGAAUAGAGGACUCGACUCGUCUUCACUUCUUGCAGGAGAACCUUGACUUCCGGCUAACUUUGAUCUUCCGUAAUGCUCUUUUGGUUUGCAAGGGCUUUUCUCGCCCGCAUCUUCUGGGGGUUUUGAUUCUCUCAUGCAUUGCCGUUUGCCAUCUGGAACAGUGCUCAUCGAUGAUCUCCCAUUCGUCAAUUUCUAUGUUGGCUUCCCUCAAGUGCCUUUUGAAAACGUCCUUAAAUCACAGCUGGGGCUGUCCAAUAAGUCUUCCCCCCCCCCUCUGCAUAGUCUCAAUACACGUUCUGGAACCAGCUCCCCUUCCAUAUCCGUCAUUGUGAAACUUCGUCCACUUUCAAAAAGUCCCUUAAAACCCAUCUGUUUAGGUCCGCCUAUGACCUGUGAUGCACCCUCCUUGCCCUGCCUCAUUUUCUGUCUCGGGUUGAUCCUGUAGUAAAGGCCAAAACGUGCCAAAGUGUCCUCGUUUUAUAGCCAUUUUAAUUGUUUCUAUAGUAUAGUAGUUACUAUCCUAGUGUCUCAUUUUUAUUUUACUUAGUUUAUAUGUUUUCAAUAAUUGUAAAGCGCUUAGAGCUUUAAGGGAAGCGCUAUAUAAAAAUGCCUAAAUAAAUAAAUACAGCAUAUUCAUUGGAAUACAGACGUUCUCCAUUUUACUUACAUGGCCUAACUAGCUCUUGUUAAGAGAGGAAAACAUGCUACACAUUUUGGUAUGUUCCAAAACUUCUGUGAUAGGCCCUUUGUCCCGCCAUUAAAUUCAUUAAAUGUGACGCAGUCAUCUUUGGUGGAAGCUGUUCAGUUUCCGCUCAUGACUGGCAUAUGUGGUCCAUAAGCUGUUGAGUGACAGCUCAUGACUGACAUAUGUGGUCCAUAAGCUGUUGAGUGACUGCUCAUAACUGGCAUAUGUGGUCCAUAAGCUGUUAAGUUUCCGCUCAUGACUGGCAUUGUGGUCCACAAGCUGUUGAGUUUCUGCUCAUGACUGACAUAUGUGGUCCAUAAGCUGUUGAGUUUCUGCUCAUGACUGGCAUAUGUGGUCCACAAGCUGUUGAGUUUCUGCUCAUGACUGGCAUAUGUGGUCCACAAGCUGUUGAUUUUCUGCUCAUGACUGGCAUAUGUGGUCCACAAGCUGUUGAGUUUCCGCUCAUGACUGGCAUAUGUGGUCCACAAGCUGUUGAGUUUCUGCUCAUGACUGGCAUAUGUGGUCCACAAGCUGUUGAGUUUCCGCUCAUGACUGGCAUAUGUGGUCCAUAAGCUGUUAAGUUUCUGCUCAUGACUGGCAUUGUGGUCCACAAGCUGUUCAGUUUCUGCUCAUGACUGACUUGUGGUCCACAAGCUGUUGAGUUUCCGCUCAUGACUGGCAUAUGUGGUCCACAAGCUGUUGAGUGACUGCUCAUGACUGGCAUAUGUGGUCCACAAGCUGUUGAGUGACUGCUCAUAACUGGCAUAUGUGGUCCAAACUUCAAGUCAAUUAGGAUGAAAUGGAAUGCUUCAUAUUCCAUAUACUACUCUGUAGAAUUCAGUAAACCAGUGAUAAAAUCAUUUUAAUUUAAUAAAUCAAUAUAUUACAUAUACACAAAGAAAUCAAUAUAUAAUAAUAAUAAUAAUAAAGUUUAUUUGAAAAACACGCUUCAUCCCCAAAAGCUCGAAGCGCGAUACAAAGUCAACCAUAUUAAAAAGAGAAAUAAAAACAAUCUAAAAUUAACACAUUUAAAAACAGACGCAACAAUAUAAAACUACAUACGAGCAUACCAAGUCAAAGUCUUUCAUCCCGUUUCAACCAUAAGCAACACAAGCCAAUAUACAUUGACUGAAAAAGAUGGUAGAUAGCAUCAUCCCAGAAGGUGUUUGCGAAAUAGAUGUGUUUUUAAAUCGGUUUUAAAGGACUCCAGUGUCUUGCUGUUUCUGAGAGCGACUGGAAGGGCGUUCUAAAUUGUUGGGCCGGCAAAUGCAAAAGUGCGCUUUCUGUAAGUCUCAAGGCGAACACACGGUAUCGAUAUUUUGGCACUAUCGGAUGAGCGGAGCUCUCUAGUGUGUACAUAAGGCGUCAUGAGUGCUUUGAGAUAAGAUGACGCCAGGUCAUGUAAGCAGCGGUAGCACAAAGUUGCAAUUUUGUACUCUAUAUCAUUUAUAUAUAUACAAAUAAAUGAAAAUAUUAUAUAUAUACAAAGAAAUCAAUAUAUUAUAUAUAUAUAAAUAAUUCAAUUUAUAAUAUUUAUAUACAAAUAAAUCAAUAUCUUAUAUAUACACCCGUUUGUAUUGGGAUGUUGGUAAAAACAAUAGGUAAAAAUCUCAAUUACCUUAUUGACUGAAGCUAUGAGCUUGAUUUGUUGAAAAAUUAGUUGUUGGUUUCAGCUCAACUAGGCAUUCUAUGGGAAAACGUGUUGAUACUAAUAGAUUGAUUUUGUUGAUACUAAUAGAUUUAUUUUGUUGAUACUGAUAGAUUUAUUUUAAUUAGUCUAUCUACUAAUGCUAAUUGAUUUAUUGUAUGAAAAAUUUCCUUUCAGGUUGUCUUAGAAAAUUGUACUAGAGAAGAUGACCAUGACUGCCCAUUUGUGCAAGCCAGUAAAAUGCUCACCAAAAUCCUGUGUGAAAUUCUUAAAGUCGGAGAGCCACGUAAGUAAUGGAUAGACAUAUUCUUUAUUUUUAACAUAUCAUCAUCACUGUAAAAAUUCUCAAACUCUGAAACCACAAAAAUGGAGCCAAGGAUUUAAGGACCGGUACCAAGUGCAGACCUGCUAAAUUUUACAAUUGUUGGGGCACUAUGUACGAUUUUGAUGUGCUAUUUGCUAUUGUGUACCAAGACCUGUCAGAGCUAUGAUUUUAAUGUGCUAUUUGCUAUUGUGUCCCCAGACCUUUCAGAGCUAUGAUUUUAAUGUGCUAUUUGCUAUUGUGUCCCCAGACCUUUCAGAGCUAUGAUUUUAAUGUGCUAUUUGCUAUUGUGUCCCCAGACCUUUCAGAGCUAUGAUUUUAAUGUGCUAUUUGCUAUUGUGUCCCCAGACCUUUCAGAGCUAUGAUUUUAAGCGACAGGGUUGAAAGAAUAUAUCUUGGUAGUUGUUAUCACUUAAAAAAAAACAAAUUAACCUUUCUCUGUUGUUAGCUUCAGCUCCUUUCUGCAUCUGGUGGUCAUAUGAGACAUAUGAUUGUUUGGGGACCAUUCAUAAUUAUAUUACAUACGCAAUGAAUGGUAGAGGGGUUGGUGUUGACUAAGGAGCGUACGUGUGUGUAUGGGAGAGUGCAAGGUAUAGGUGUCAAAAUAUUUAAAAGGCUAUAAAAUAAAACUGCCAUACAAUUAGUAGCCAUUUGCUUUAAGUUUGCUUCAGUGUUGUGUGACAUCAUUUUGUGACAUCAUUACUUUGUUCUUUACUCAACUGCAAUUGUGAAAAUGGAAAAAACUUCUGAUUUUUUUUCAUUUUUUAAAUGCAUUCUCCACCAUUCCACACAGCAGCAUUAGAUUUAAUACUUUUAUAAGAUCUGGUAGGCGACAUUUGAAAUCUAUUUCUAGAAGUUACUAAGCAGCUGUAUCCAUUUAAUACCCCUGUUUUCUUCCAACACUUCUCUUCCCUUCUCCCAAAACAGCUUGUGGUAAUGCAGGUGUGGCCUACCCACUGCCCACCAUGUUAAAUAUCGUGGCCCGGUGGAUGUGUUCAAAUUAACUUAUUUCUUCAUUCAAUUUCAAUUAGUGAUUAUUUUCAUUCAUGACAUAAAAAAAUGAUCUGAAAUAUAUAUGUGGCAAUGUGCCACUUUUUGUAACUGCAGUUAUGUAACAUUUUUAUAUGUGGCUGGGUGCCACAGUGACAGGGUGCCGCCUAUGGGGCAAAGAAGCACGCUCCUGUGGCACGAUUUGUCACCCCAGGCGUGUUCACAUUCACUGAUAUGGGUGCUCCUGUCCCAUGGGGGACUGGUGAACAGCUCAUGACGUGGACAUCAUUGUGACUACAUAAGGCAGGUGGGAUUUAAACCCAGGACUUGUGUUUUUCUGAGCUGUGAUCGAGUAGUCAGCUGUGUCCGAUACUGACUGUGCACUUUGAUAUUGUAUGUGAAACCGAUACUUCGAGUCAGCUGCGUGUGUGAGAGAUUUGACUGUCUGUUCAACAGCUUGUACCUCAAGAAUAAAAGCUCUAGUUCCAGACUUGCAUUUCAUUGUUUGUGUCUUUAAACUGUACUAGCACAAGGCUACAUAUAAACAUCAUUUUUCUUUAUGGUACAUGCCAUUGCGGUGUACCCACCAUUGCGUUGUACCGGCCCUUCAUUUUGGUGUACCCACCAUUGCGGUGUACCGGCCCUUUAAUUGGACUGAUUAAAAUAAAAAAUGAUUGAAAUAAGUAAUUUUAAAUAUACAUUUUUUAAAAUAUUUAGUAGCUACAAAAAUAAAACUGAUUUAUAUCAACACAGCCAGCUAGAGGGAACCGAACCAAGUUUUCCACAAGAUUUACGAUUAAGUGUCAAAUGACACUAAACUAUUAAGUUUUACGCAAAACCGCAACCCUGCAUUCUGAAGUGAUAAAAAAAUUCUGGGGAAGAGCAGAGCUCGGGUGACUUUGGCGGUCAUCUUGGAUUUACACAUUCCCACGUCAUCAUUGAAUAUCAAAGUGGCAAAGACUUGGUUAGGUGACUUUUCUUAGACAUACGAUGCUGAUAUUUUUGUAUUUAUUUAUUUAUUUAGGCAUUUUUAUAUAGCGCUUACCUUAAAGCUCUAAGCACUUUACAAUUAUUAAAAACAUGUGAACUAACUAAAAUAAAAAUGAGACAUUAGGAUAGUAACUACUAUACUAAAGAAACAAUUAAAAUGGCUAUAAAACGAGGACACUUUGGCACGUUUUGGCCUAUAUUACAGGAUUAACCCGAGACAGAAAAUGAGGAAGGGCAAGAAAAGAGUAUCACAGGUCAUAGGCGGACCUAAACAGAUGGGUUUUAAGGGACAUUUUAAUUAUAAUGUUUGUUUAUUUCUGUACUAUUAAGAUACGGUAUUGUUAGAUUUUUAGAUGUUAAAGAACUAUUCUGAAAUGUUAUCAUUCUAUUUUGUGAGUUGCACGGUCACCAGGCCUGCAAGUGUUGGGCAAGUGGCUUGCCAAGUAGGGUUUUAUAUGUCAAAGUUGUCUAUUAAACAGAAUCAUUGAAAUAUCUUAUUAUUUACCGAGCAUUCACCCGACCAGAACUAGGAUAUGAAAUAUGACUUAAUAGUAUAGGGGAGAUAAUACAUUAUUUAAUUUCAAUUGGGAAGGUUUAAAAGGUAAAGGUUUUCCCCCUUUGGUCUGACACAAGAUUUAAGUGUACAACACAAAACAUUUGACAUUUGUGUAAUACCUUGGUCAUGCCUGUAAUAACCUGGUAAUAUGUGUUAUACAUUUAUCAUGUGUAAAACUUUGCAUAUGUAAUAUAUUUGUCAUAUGUUAUACAGCUAUCAAAUUUGCUUGUUAUAACACAAUAUGUCAAUUUAUAAAUAUGUUUAUUUGUGGUAUGUUUUCCUAUAAAGUUUAAAAACAUAUAACCCUAACUCUAACACUUACCCUCACCAUAACCACAUUUCAAAACAAAGAACCUGUCAUUAAAAAUCCAAUUUUUUAGAAUAACAUCUGCUUCCAUUUCAGCAUCUGAUGACGGAGAGACCUACCACAUUAAUUAUGUUCUUAAUAACAUCUGCUUCCUUUUCAGCAUCUGAUGACAGAGAGACCUACCACAUUAAUUAUGUUCUUAAUAACAUCUGCUUCCUUUUCAGCAUCUGAUGACGGAGAGACCUACCACAUUAAUUAUGUUCUUAAUAACAUCUGCUUCCUUUUCAGCAUCUGAUGACAGAGAGACCUACCACAUUAUGUUCUUAAUAACAUCUGCUUCCAUUUCAGCAUCUGAUGACAGAGAGACCUACCACAUUAUGUUCUUAAUAACAUCUGCUUCCAUUUCAGCAUCUGAUGACGGAGAGACCUACCACAUUAUGUUCUUAAUAACAUCUGCUUCCUUUUCAGCAUCUGAUGACAGAGAGACCUACCACAUUAAUUAUGUUCUUAAUAACAUCUGCUUCCAUUUCAGCAUCUGAUGACAGAGAGACCUACCACAUUAAUUAUGUUCUUAAUAACAUCUGCUUCCUUUUCAGCAUCUGAUGACAGAGAGACCUACCACAUUAAUUAUGUUCUUAAUAACAUCUGCUUCCUUUUCAGCAUCUGAUGACGGAGAGACCUAUCACAUUGUGUUCUUAAUAACAUCUGCUUCCAUUUCAGCAUCUGAUGAUGGAGAGACCUACCACAUUAAUUAUGUUCUUAAUAACAUCUGCUUCCUUUUCAGCAUCUGAUGACGGAGAGACCUACCACAUUAUGUUCUUAAUAACAUCUGCUUCCAUUUCAGCAUCUGAUGACGGAGAGACCUACCACAUUAUGUUCUUAAUAACAUCUGCUUCCAUUUCAGCAUCUGAUGACGGAGUGACCUACUACAUUAUGUUCUUAAUAACAUCUGCUUCCGUUUCAGCAUCUAAUGACGGAGAGACCUACCACAUUAUGUUCUAAUAACAUCUGCUUCCAUUUCAGCAUCUGAUGAUGGAGAGACCUACUACAUUAUGUUCUUAAUAACAUCUGCUUCCAUUUCAGCAUCUGAUGAUGGAGAGACCUACUACAUUAUGUUCUUAAUAACAUCUGCUUCCAUUUCAGCAUCUGAUGAUGGAGAGACCUACUACAUUAUGUUCUUAAUAACAUCUGCUUCCAUUUCAGCAUCUGAUGAUGGAGAGACCUACUACAUUAUGUUCUUAAUAACAUCUGCUUCCAUUUCAGCAUCUGAUGAUGGAGAGACCUACUACAUUAUGUUCUUAAUAACAUCUGCUUCCAUUUCAGCAUCUGAUGACGGAGAGACCUACCACAUUAUGUUCUUAAUAACAUCUGCUUCCAUUUCAGCAUCUGAUGAUGGAGAGACCUACUACAUUAUGUUCUUCACACAUGACAAACCCUUUGAGGAGUUUUUCUGCAUCUGCAUCCAACUGUUGAAUAAAACCUGGAGGGAGAUGAAGGCGACGUCCGAUGACUUUCAAAAAGUAGGAUACUAUUACCUCCUUUUCUAAAUGACAAUUAUGUGAAAACAAUAUGUGGUCAACACCUCACCACCAACCCCCACUCAUGGGUAAACCAUAUGUGGUCAACACCUCACCACCAACCCCCACUCAUGGGUAAACCAUAUGCGGUCAACACCUCACGACCAACCCCCACUCAUGGAUAAACAAUAUAUGGUCAACCCAUCACAACUAACCCCCACUCUUGUGUAAACAAUAUGUCAACCCUUCACCACUAAUCCCCACUACAUAGUGAGGCAUAAGAAAAUAGAUGAACCUUGAUUUAUAUGGUGUACAUUUUGAAAAGAAAAAAUACAUAUAUUGCAUAUUUUUUUGGCUACAUCCAUUCAAUUUUACUUGUUUGGUAUAAACUGGGGUCACAUGUGUGGGUUCAAAGCUGUAAACAUUUCUGGCAUACCAGUCAUACUGUCAAUGUCAAAGCAGACCACUCAUACACCUUGUCACUGUCAAAGCAGACCACUCAUACUGUCAAUGACAAAGCAGACCACUCAUACUGUCAAUGACAAAGCAGACCACUCAUACUGUCAAUGACAAAGCAGACCACUCAUACUGUCAAUGACAAAGCAGACCACUCAUACAGUCAAUGACAAAGCAGACCACUCAUACAUCUUGACUAUGUCAAAGCAGACCACUCUCGCCUAGUUUCGCAUACACCUAUUUAAUGUCAGUCUUAUUACCACUACUUUCUGAUGUAAGUCUUAGUAAAAAAAAAUGAGUGCAGAAAUUAUUGAAUAUGUACUGUAGAAUGGAUAGUGUACAGAUAUUAGAAUCGAUAGUGCAUAGACAGUCGAAUGGAGAAUAUAAAGACAUUAGAUUUGAUAGAAUAUAGACUUUUGACUUGAUAGAAUAUAGACAGGAUCAUUGAUAUUAAAAAGACAUUAGAAUUUGUAGUAUAUAUACAGUAGAAUGGAUGGAAUAUAGACAGUAGAAUGGAUGGAAUAUAGACAGUAGAAUGGAUGGAAUAUAGACAGUAGAAUGGAUGGAAUAUAGACAGUAGAAUGGAUGGAAUAUAGACAGUAGAAUGGAUGGAAUAUAGACAGUAGAAUGGAUGGAAUAUAGACAGUAGAAUGGAUGGAAUAUAGACAGUAGAAUGGAUGGAAUAUAGACAGUAGAAUGGAUGGAAUAUAGACAGUAGAAUGGAUGGAAUAUAGACAGUAGAAUGGAUGGAAUAUAGACAGUAGAAUGGAUGGAAUAUAGACAGUAGAAUGGAUGGAAUAUAGACAGUAGAAUGGAUGGAAUAUAGACAGUAGAAUGGAUGGAAUAUAGACAGCAGAUGGAUGGUAUAUAGACAGCAGUAUGGAUGGUAUAUAGACAGCAGUAUGGAUGGUAUAUAGACAGCAGUAUGGAUGGUAUAUAGACAGCAGUAUGGAUGGUACAUAGACAGCAGUAUGGAUGGUAUAUAGACAGCAGUAUGGAUGGUAUAUAGACAGCAGUAUGGAUGGUAUAUAGACAGCAGUAUGGAUGGUAUAUAGACAGCAGAAUGGAUGGUAUAUAGACAGCAGAAUGGAUGGUAUAUAGACAGCAGAAUGGAUGGUAUAUAGACAGCAGUAUUUCACCAACAACUUUAGAAAAACAAAAGAAAUAUUAGGCACCAAACGCACUUGUGAUUUUUAUUUUUAUACAAAUUUUGGGGGGGGGGGGGGGGGUUUUGGUGUGUGUAAUUUUUCAUCAUGUUCCCCAGGAAAAACAUAUUUUUUAUGGGUGGGGGCCGAAAAUUUAAAAGAAUGUGUUGUCAUCUGCAACGAGCCCAUGUGCCAAGUUUCAGCUCAAUAGGUUGAUGGGAAGUGGAUCAAUUAGCCAUCCUAAGAUUUUGCCAGCCAGCCACCCAUAACCAAAAGCAAAGUUAAGAUAAAGGCUUGAAAUAGGACAAGCAGGCUUGAGAGACUUUGCUAUACAGAGUUGCAUCUAUAGGCCCUUCCUUUUUUAAAAAACGCACUUUGGCCAUGUUUGUCUCACAAAAUACUUUAAAAAAACUUUAACUCCAAUUUUUAAAACGGUUUUAACAUUAUAACCAACGUCCAAAUCUAUACAAACAUAAUAAAAUCAGAAUUAGACUAGUCAGUGUAUUAGAUUGAAACCGUCGAGGAGGGUCACAUUAUAGAUAUGAGAAUGGGGAAAACAUGCCGGCUGCAUUAACACUAAACUUUGCUGUCAUGUAGAGGACUGCAAAAUAUUGCAAAUGGCCUGCGGGCCAAGAGUUUGAGACCCCUGGUCAAAACCAAUAGUCUCGGUAAGCAUUGGUACUGAGCCAUGGGGAUAGGGGGUGAUAACUAAUUGGUACUGAGCCAUGGGGAUUGGGGGUGAUAACUAAUUGGUACUGAGCCAUGGGGAUUGGGGGUGAUAACUAAUUGGUACUGAGCCAUGGGGAUUGGUGGUGAUAACUAAUUGGUACUGAGCCAUGGGGAUUGGGGGUGAUAACUAAUUGGUACUGAGCCAUGGGGAUUGGUGGUGAUAACUAAUUGGUACUGAGCCAUGGGGAUUGGGGGUGAUAACUAAUUGGUACUGAGCCAUGGGGAUUGGGGGUGAUAACUAAUUGGUACUGAGCCAUGGGGAUUGGUGGUGAUAACUAAUUGGUACUGAGCCAUGGGGAUUGGGGGUGAUAACUAAUUGGUACUGAGCCAUGGGGAUUGGUGGUGAUAACUAAUUGGUACUGAGCCAUGGGGAUUGGUGGUGAUAACUAAUUGGUGCUGAGCCAUGGGGAUUGGUGGUGAUAACUAAUUGGUACUGAGCCAUGGGGAUUGGGGGUGAUAACUAAUUGGUACUGAGCCAUGGGCAUUGGUGGUGAUAACUAAUUGGUACUGAGCCAUGGGGAUGGGGGGUGAUAACUAAUUGGUACUGAGCCAUGGGGAUUGGUGGUGAUAACUAAUUGGUACUGAGCCAUGGGGAUUGGUGGUGAUAACUAAUUGGUACUGAGCCAUGGGGAUUGGGGGUGAUAACUAAUUGGUACUGAGCCAUGGGGAUUGGUGGUGAUAACUAAUUGGUACUGAGCCAUGGGGAUUGGGGGUGAUAACUAAUUGGUACUGAGCCAUGGGGAUUGGNGACACAAUUCAUCACUCUAUCUCUGCAACCCAUGGCUGUAGUUUGUCCUAUGACAGACACAAUUCAUCACUCUAUCUCUGCAACCCAUGGCUGUAGUUUGUCCUAUGACAGACACAAUUCAUCACUCUAUCUCUGCAACCCAUGGCUGUAGUUUGUCCUAUGACAGACACAAUUCAUCACUCUAUCUCUGCAACCCAUGGCUGUAGUUUGUCCUAUGACAGACACAAUUCAUCACUCUAUCUCUGCAACCCAUGGCUGUAGUUUGUCCUAUGACAGACACAAUUCAUCACUCUAUCUCUGCAACCCAUGGCUGUAGUUUGUCCUAUGACAGACACAAUUCAUCACUCUAUCUCUGCAACCCAUGGCUGUAGUUUGUCCUAUGACAGACACAAUUCAUCACUCUAUCUCUGCAACCCAUGGCUGUAGUUUGUCCUAUGACAGACACAAUUCAUCACUCUAUCUCUGCAACCCAUGGCUGUAGUUUGUCCUAUGACAGACACAAUUCAUCACUCUAUCUCUGCAACCCAUGGCUGUAGUUUGUCCUAUGACAGACACAAUUCAUCACUCUAUCUCUGCAACCCAUGGCUGUAGUUUGUCCUAUGACAGACACAAUUCAUCACUCUAUCUCUGCAACCCAUGGCUGUAGUUAGUCCUAUGACAAACACAAUUCAUCACUCUAUCUCUGCAACCCAUGGCUGUAUUUUGUCCCAUGACAGACACAAUUCAUCACUCUAUCUCUGCAACCCAUGGCAGUAGUUUGUCCUAUGACCCUAAGGGAGACAAUUAAUUUAUUAUUAAUAUAAAUAAGUGGUCCUUAAAAUGGCUUAGGCUGAACACUAAGUCUUUUAUGGCCAGAUGAAGGGUUGAUACCAACAAAAGUAUAAAGUUUUACAGGGAAAAAUAGAAUGUCGGCGUGGAGUUGACCAAUGUUAAGUUUUACAUUGUGGGAGCAUAUUUAUACCACGUGGUCAUACGGAGUUGUCCAUGUGGUCAUAGGGAGUUGUCUAUGUCAUAGGGAGUUGUCUAUGUCAUAGGGAGUUGUCCAUGUCAUAGGGAGUUGUCUAUGUCAUAGGGAGUUGUCUAUGUCAUAGGGAGUUGUCUAUGUCAUAGGGAGUUGUCUAUGGGGUCAUAGGGAGUUGUCUAUGUCAUAGGGAGUUGUUUAUGUCAUAGGAAGUUGUCUAUGUGGUCAUAGGGAGUUGUCUAUGUGGUCAUAGGGAGUUGUCCAUGUCAUAGGGAGUUGUCUAUGUCAUAGGAAGUUGUCUAUGUGGUCAUAGGGAGUUGUCUAUGUGGUCAUAGGGAGUUGUCCAUAUGGUCAUAGGGAGUUGUCUAUAUGGUCAUAGGGAGUUGUCCAUAUGGUCAUAGGGAGUUGUCUAUAUGGUCAUAGGGAGUUGUGUAUGUGGUCAUAGGGAGGUGUCCAUGUGGUCAUAGGGAGUUGUCUAUGUGGUCAUAGGGAGUUGUCGAUGUGGUCAUAGGGAGUUGUCUAUGUGGUCAUAGGGAGUUGUCCAUAUGGUCAUAGGGAGUUGUCUAUAUGGUCAUAGGAAGUUGUCUAUGUGGUCAUAGGGAGUUGUCCAUGUGGUCAUAGGGAGUUGUCCAUGUGGUCAUAGGGAGUUGUCCAUGUGGUCAUAGGGAGUUGUCCAUGUGGUCAUAGGGAGUUGUCCAUGUGUUCAUAGGGAGUUGUCCAUGUGGUCAUAGGGAGUUGUCCAUGUGGUCAUAGGAAGGGUUACAUGUGGUCGUAAGGGCGACAGGGAGUAGAGCGGACAGUGUGGUGAUAUGGCGCUUAUGUGGCUAUAGGGAUUUGACACCAUGUGAUGAGAAUGAGACCAUGUGAUGAGAAUGAGACCAUGUGAUGAGAAUGAGACCAUGUGAUGAGAAUGAGACCAUGUGAUGAGAAUGAGACCAUGUGAUGAGAAUGAGACCAUGUGAUGAGGUUAAGACUAUAUUAUAAGUACAAGGUCAUGUAAUGAGAAGGUGACUAAUGAGAUGUGAUUGAGACCAUGUAAUGAGAAUGAGACCCGGUAAUGAGAAUAAAACCAUGUGUUGAGAGUGUGUUUGAGACCAUGUGAUGAGAGUGUGCUUGAGACCAUGUGAUAAGAGUGUGCUUGAAACCAUAUGAUGAGGGUGUGCUUGAGACCAUGUGAUGAGGGUGUGCUUGAGACCAUGUGAUGAGGGUGUGCUUGAUAUCAUGUGAUGAGGAUGUGCUUGAGACCAUGUGAUGAGGGUGUGCUUGAUAUCAUGUGAUGAGGAUGUGCUUGAGACCAUGUGAUGAGGGUGUGCUUGAUAUCAUGUGAUGAGGGUGUGCUUGAGACCUUGUGAUGAGGGUGUGCUUGAGACCUUGUGAUGAGGGUGUGCUUGAGACCUUGUGAUGAGGGUGUGCUUGAGACCUUGUGAUGAGGGUGUGCUUGAGACCUUGUGAUGAGAGUGUGCUUGAGACCUUGUAAUGAGGAUGUGCUUGAGACCUUGUGAUAUGGAUGUGCUUGUGAUCUUGUGAUGAGAGUGUACUCAAAAUGCGUUAAUUGAUUCCAGCCAGUUUAGCUCUGCCCUAAUUAUCUAGCCUGCCCAACGUAGUGUGUGUGUGUGCACACACGCGUCACACCAUUGAUAAGAUGAACCCCGAGCAACAUGUAAGUCUGGUUGAUUUCAUUGGUUACACAUACUGUCUUACUUACUAUCUAUCCACACUGUGCUUUGUACAACUGCUGAUACAUACUGCCUAACUUACUCUGUGCAAUGUUUGUUUUACUAUACAAAAUACUGUCUAACUGUAUCUCCUUUAAAAUUAAAGAUUCAUUUACUUAGUCCAAUCAGAUAUUCAGUUAUUUUAAAACACUCAAAAGUUUUUAUACGUCAAUGAAAGAAUUGAUGGCGAGAGUACGUGAUGAGUACUUCAAUUACUGUACUCUGUAUAUUUCAUUCCAAGUUGUACUUUGUAUAGUUCAUUCCAAGUUGUACUUUGUAUAGUUUAUUUCAAGUUGUACUUUGUGUAGUUUAUUCCAAGUUCUACCUUGCAUAGUUCAUUCCAAGUUGUAUUUGGUAUAGUUCAUUCCAAGUUGUACUUUCUAUAGUUCAUUUCAAGUUGUACUUUGUGUAGUUUAUUCCAAGUUGUACCUUGUAUAGUUCAUUCCAAGUUGUACUUUGUAUAGCACAUUCCAAGUUGUACUUUGUAUAGUUCAUUCCAAGUUGUACUUUGUAUAACCGUAUAGUUCAUUCCAAGUUGUACUUUGUAUAACCAACCGUAUAGUUCAUUCCAAGUUGUACUUUGUAUAACCGUAUAGUUCAUUCCAAGUUGUACUUUGUAUAACCAUAUAGUUUAUUCCAAGUUGCACUUUAUAUAAACCAUUCCAAGUUGUACUUUGUAUAACUCAUUCCAAGUUGUAUUUUGUAUAGUUCAUUCCAAGCUGUACUUUGUGUAGUUCAUUCCAAGAUCUACAUUGUAUAGUUCAUUCCAAGUUUUAUUUGAUAUAGUUCAUUCCAAGUCGUACUUUCUAUAGUUCAUUUCAAGUUGUACUUUGUGUAGUUCAUUCCAAGUUGUACUUUGCAUAACCGUAUAGUUCAUUCCAAGUUGAACUUUUCAUCUUCAUUCCAAGUUGUAUUUUGUAUAGUUCAUUUCAAGCUGUACUUUCUAUAGUUCAUUCCAAGUUGUGCUUUGUCUAGUUAAUUCCUAGUUGUACUUUCUAUAGUUCAUUCUAAGAUGUGCUUUGUCUAGUUAAUUCCAAAUUGUCUUUUGUAUAGUUCAUUUCAAGCUGUACUUUCUUUAGUUCAUUCCAAAUUGUACUUUGUGUAGCUCAUUCCAAGUUGUACUUUGCAUCGUUCAUUCCAAAUUGUACUUUGUGUAGUUCAUUCCAAGUUGUACUUUGUAUAACCCAUUCCAAGUUGUAUUUUGUAUAGUUCAUUCCAAGCUGUACUUUGUAUAACUCAUUCCAAUUUGUACUUUGUAUAGUUCAUUCCAAGUUGUACUUUGUGUAGUUCAUUCCAAGCUAUACUAUGUGUAGUUCAUUCCAAGUUGUACUUUGUAUAACCCAUUCCAAGUUGUACUUUGUAUAGUUCAUUCCAAGCUAUACUUUGUGUAGUUCAUUCCAAGUUGUACUUUGUGUAGUUCAUUCCAAGCUAUACUUUGUGUAGUUCAUUCCAAGUUGUACUUUGUAUAACCCAUUCCAAGUUGUAUUUUGUAUAGUUCAUUCCAAGCUGUACUUUGUAUAACUCAUUCCAAGUUGUACUUUGUAUAGUUCAUUCCAAGCUAUACUUUGUGUAGUUCAUUCCAAGUUGUACUUUGUAUAACCCAUUCCAAGUUGUAUUUUGUAUAGUUCAUUCCAAGCUGUACUUUGUAUAACUCAUUCCAAGUUGUACUUUGUAUAGUUCAUUCCAAGUUGUACUUUGUGUUGUUCAUUCCAAGUUGUACUUUGUAUAGUUCAUUCCAAGUUGUACUUUGUAUAGUUCAUUCCAAAUUGUACUUUGUAUAGUUCAUUCCAAGUUGUACUUUGUGUAGUUCAUUCCCAGUUGUACUUUGUGUAGUUCAUUCCCAGUUGUACUUUGUGUAGUUUAUUCCAAGUUGUACUUUGUAUAACUCAUUCCAAAUUGUACUUUGUAUAACUCAUUCCAAGUUGUACUUUGUAUAACUAUUACAGCAAGGUGGUACUUGAUUAAAAAAAUUCUUCUUUUGUGUAUGUGUGUGUGUUAUCUGACUGUGAAAUGGAUAUUUGUACAACUCAGAAAAAGUGAUAUUUUUAUCCAUAAAUAAGUAAAAGUGAUAUUUUAUCUAUUAAUAAGCAAAAGUGAUACUUUCAUCUAUAAAUCAGCAGAAGUGAGUCUUGAUUUCAAUACAACCCUGAUAUUUUGUAUAAAUCAAUGAGUCUGAUAUACUAGAAUAAAUGACCCAAUGUUAUCGAGAUAUUAAAAUGUAAUGAUAUUUACAUUUCUAACAUCAAGUUUUGAGAAGUAUUUAUCUGCUAUAUAUUUUACGCCUACCCUACUCCCUUUUACACCCUGUAACAGACCAUGUUUUCACAAGCUACCAGAGAGGUAGCAUGAGUGAACAGUGAACUGUGUUGAUUAUAUUUUCCACGAGGAGAGAGAGUGAAUUGUAUUUUUGAGAAGCAAAUGUGAGCUCCACGUUUUUGGAGAGUAAAUUAUGUUUUUUUGUAAAGCGGUCGUUUCCACGCUUUGCUGAGUAAUAAAAGGGGCAGUUGAUUGAAUAGUGUAGCUGAGUGAGGACAUGUUUUUCUGAGAGGUGGAAUAUUAUAUAUAUGUGAAAUGAUUACAUUCAUGCAAGGAUUAUUAUUAAUAUUAUCAGUGUAAAGUGUGACAUAAUAAAGAACUGUAAGUUUAAUCAGAAUUCAGUAUCCUUCUUUGUGUGCCUGGAUAAGUGACUGGAUAAGUAAGUGGAAGAAUGGAAGAAGUCUUAGCCGGCAUCCUGAAUCAUUAAUAUAAAAUCAAGUGACCAUGCUACUGACAUAACGUCCUAUGAAAUAGCAUGUCAGAGCAUGUGUUACACACCCCUAAACUAAUUUUUUUGGCUAUAGCCAUGACCUUAAAUAACGCAAUGUAAAUGAUCACUAAUUAUAUCACUUUUGUCACUAAAGAAGUUAAUUAAGGGAUGAUUUCUACGCUAGAGAAAUACUUUCGAUUCACCCCUUUUUGUGCCCUUGAAUUACAACUUUUUUCUCUCCAAAAAUUGUUAAAAAACAUAAUCUUCAAUUUACACAAAAACUCUAUUUAUGAUAUAAAUAUAUUUUAUAUUAAAGCAAUUUGAUACAUUAAUAUCUUCAUCAAAAAUUUAAACGCACUUUUGCAUUUUUUUUUUUAAUUAUACAUUAUCAGAAAAUCCUUUAAAAAAAGAAUUCUUUUAUCUGAAGAGGAAUCUCAGAACAGUUUUUCAUGUCUUCAACAGACUUGAGUGUCUUUUAAAAAAAUAAUUAAUCUUAUAAAAUAAACCCAAAGUAAUAACAAAAUUUUAUUUUCAUUUUAAAAAAAAAAUAUUAACCAUUCUCCAUUUUUCAAAUUUAAAUUUUCAAGUAUGUAAAAUGAUUGAGUUUUGAUAUUCAUGGUAAUACUUAUGUAAAUGUACCCACGUUUUGUUAACGCCAUUGAUUUUCAUAAUUGGUAAACAUAUGUUUAUUUUUAAAAAGAGAAUGUAAGAUCUCUUUUUUCACAAAUGUAACACCAAACGAUUUAAAUAUAUUGUCAUCUACGUAAAAAUGUACACAACCUAUUUCCUACCCCCGACAUAUAUGUACGCAAGAAUGUUAGUUAUUUAUCGAAUUCAUUCCUUUAUUUUGAGAUAUAUCUUGAUCUGCCUGGGGAAAAAUGACCCCCCCCCCUACACACACACACACACCCACCCCCCACCCCGAUUUUAAAAAAAUUAAUAAAAUCUUCCACCGGCUUGUAGUCCCUUCCAUUCCCAAACUAACAUAUUUUGCUCUUCAUAUGGUUUGUUCUGUACUUAAUACAUCAGCAUAUCAUUUAUGUCAUGCAAAAAUCUGUAUGCCAUUUAUUGUACAUGCCUGGGAUCAUUAAUGAAUUACAUUGACAUUUGCUGUUGUCCGUUUUUAAGUAACAUAACUCUUGACUGUUAUUGAUUGUGUCCCUUAAUUAUUUUUUUUAAAAAAAGAAAGAAAAAACACUAACAUCUGUGGUAGCUGUAGCUGUGAUGUCAAAAUAAGCACAUCUUUUGGCUGUAUCUGAGAUGUCAAAGCUAACAUGUGUAGAAUUUAGCUCAGAUGUCAAACCUAACACAUGUGUAGGCUGUAGCUGAGAUUUCAAACCUAACACAUGUGUAGGCUGUAACUGACAUGUCAAACCUAACACAUGUGUAGGCUGUAGCUGAGAUUUCAAACCUAACACAUGUGUAGGCUGUAACUGACAUGUCAAACCUAACACAUGUGUAGGCUGUAACUGACAUGUCAAACCUAACACAUGUGUAGGCUGUAACUGACAUGUCAAACCUAACACAUGUGUAGGCUGUAACUGACAUGUCAAACCUAACACAUGUGUAUGCUGUAACUGACAUGUCAAACCUAACACAUGUGUAGAAUUUAGCUCAGAUGUCAAACCUAACACAUGUGUAGGCUGUAACUGACAUGUCAAACCUAACACAUGUAUAGGCUGUAACUAACAUGUCAAACCUAACACAUGUGUAGGCUGUAACUGACAUGUCAAACCUAACACAUGUGUAGGCUGUAACUAACAUGUCAAACCUAACACAUGUGUAGGCUGUAACUAACAUGUCAAACCUAACACAUGUGUAGGCUGUAACUGACAUGUCAAACCUAACACAUGUGUAGGCUGUAACUGACAUGUCAAACCUAACACAUGUGUAGGCUGUAACUGACAUGGCAAGCUAACAUGUGUAGGCUGUAACUGACAUGGCAAGCUAACAUGUGUAGGCUGUAACUGACAUGUCAAACCUAACACAUGUGUAGGCUGUAGCUGAGAUUUCAAACCUAACACAUGUGUAGGCUGUAACUGACAUGUCAAACCUAACACAUGUGUAGGCUGUAGCUGAGAUUUCAAACCUAACACAUGUGUAGGCUGUAACUGACAUGUCAAACCUAACACAUGUGUAUGCUGUAACUGACAUGUCAAACCGAACACAUGUUUAGGCUGUAGCUGACAUGUUAAUAUUAACACAUGAUGUUUAAAGUACAUGACAGUAACAGGACUUUAGAUACCCACCACUUCCUACAAACACAUCAAUACCAGCACCAGCACAAACUCAAUCAGCUGUCAUUGAGACCAUAAAAAUACCAUUAUCACUUGCCACAAACACACAGACAUACAAGUUCUUGUUUGUUAAAAACAUGCAAGAUUCUCAAAAUUGCUUUUAAAUACCCCUUUGUGUUUGGGGUAUAGCCAGUAAGUCAAUCUGCCCUAGUAAAAUGAGUUUAUUUAAAGCAGUGGUUCCCACAUUGUCUUCAAUCACCAUGGGAGACCACAAACCUCUGAGUUACAACUAUGACUUUUAUAUGGUUUUUAAUUUUUAUCAUUUGACUUUUACAUUAUUUGGUUUCUCAUACGUUUGUGUUGCUCUGUCAUCAUUAAAACUAGGGGUCUCAAACUCGUGGCCCGUGGGCCAAGAUCAUAUAGAUAACAAAGUUUAGUGUUAAUGCGACCCGCACAUUUUCCCCAUUCUCAUAUCUAUAAUGUGACACUCAGCUCCGGUUUCAGUCAAAUCUAACCGGCUGGUCUAAUUAUGAUUUUAUAGGUUUUAUAGAUAUUUCCCGCUCCUGUCUUCUGUUUUCAUAAUGUAGAAAAUUGUAGAGAAAUGUGUCAAUAUUUGAGCCUCCAUCUAAUGAGGUGUACUAGUUUGUCUGUUCUGAGUAUGGACUUCUGCUGGUUACAACUUGGAUGGACAUGGUUAGAGAGGGAAGAGCUGAAAUGGACUUCUGCUGGUUACAACUUGGAUGGACAUGGUUAGAGAGGGAAGAGCUGAAAUGGACUUCUGCUGGUUACAACUUGGAUGGACAUGGUUAGAGAGGGAAGAGCUGAAAUGGACCUCUGCUGGUUACAACUUGGAUGGACAUGGUUAGAGAGGGAAGAGCUGAAAUGGACUUCUGCUGGUUACAACUUGGAUGGACAUUGUUAGAGAGGGAAGAGCUGAAAUGGACUUCUGCUGGUUACAACUUGGAUGGACAUUGUUAGAGAGGGAAGAGCUGAAAUAAAUACAUCUUGCAGGAUCAUUCAUUCUGUUGACAAAGAAAUGGUCAUUUGAAAAUGUUUCAUUGCAUGUUGAUGAUUAGCAGUGAUGUUGUUGUAAAAGUUACUUUGAGAGUAUAUCUGUGACAUUUUAAUGUUUGGCUUUGAUCCUGUUGAAAAUGUUAAUAUUGAGAAUCCCUGUUUACAUUUUAUUAUCUAGCAGGGAUGAAAAUGUUAAUAUUGAGAAUCCCUGCUUACAUAUUAUUGUCUUGCAGUGAUGAAAAUGUUAAUAUUGAGAAUCCCUGCUUACGUAUUAUUGUCUUGCAGUGAUGAAAAUGUUAAUAUUGAGAAUCCCUGCUUACAUGUUAUUGUCUUGCAGUGAUGAAAAUGUUAAUAUUGAGAAUCCCUGCUUACAUGUUAUUGUCUUGCAGUGAUGAAAAUGUUAAUAGCAUCAUAGAAAAUGUUGAAAAAGUAACCACUGAUUUAAGGCGUCCAUAUCCUAUGACAUUUUAGUGAAUCAUUUUCUUGCAAUGGAAGUUCUUUUUGACAUUUAACCUACAGUCAAAGUUCAUUGGAGGUCACAUGGCACAUGAAGUAUUAACCCUUUAAGCUAAUCAAGCAGUCUUCAAAUAUGUGUUGCAAUACACCAGUGUGUUAUGUGUACACCAGUGUGUCAUGUAUACACCAGUGUGUUAUGUAUACACCAUUGUGUCAUUUGUACUCCAUUGUGUCAUUUAUACACCAUUGUGUUAUUUGUACACCAGUUUGACAUGUGUACACCAGUGGGUUAUGUGUACACCAGUGUCAUGUGUAACCAGUGUGGCAUGUACACACCAGUGUGGCAUGUAUACACCAGUAUGGCAUGCAUACAACACUGUCUCUUGUAUACACCAGUGUGGCAUGUAUACACCAGUAUGGCAUGUAUACAACACUGUCUCUUGUAUACACCAGUGUGGCAUGUAUACACCAGUGUGUCAUGCAUACACCAGCAUAUAUACACCAGUGUUGCAUGUAUACACCAGUGUGUCAUGCAUACACCAGCAUGUCAUGCAUACACAAGUGUGGCAGGUAUACACCAGUGUGGUAUGUAUACAACAGUGUCUCAUGUAUACACCAGUGUGUUAUAUGUACACCAGUGUCACUUGUAUACCAGUGUCAUAUGUACACCAGUCAGUCAUGUGUACACCAGUGUGGCAUGUAUACACCAGUGUGGCAUGUAUACACCAGCAUGUCAUGUGUACAACAGUGUCAUUUGUACACCAGCAUGUCAUGUGAACACCAGUGUGUCAUUUAUGUUGACUCAUUGAUGUGCUUUAUAAUUUUGUUUCAUCUCUUGCAGGUUCUGGACGUGGUCAGAGAGCAAAUUGUCCGAGUUCUUGACACAUCCCCAACAUCAUUUGAGGCAUUUCGCAGCAAAAUCAACACCUUGACCUAUGCACAGAUCAACAGACUUUGGGAAACGGAACGACUGGUUAAGGAAGGCCAAGGGGCCCAGCUCAAGCCUAUCAUGUAUGUUAUGAAUAUAUGUGUAUCAAAUGUAGGAUAUCAUGUAAGAUAGGAAGAUAGUAAUGUUGAAUGUCUGGUCAAGAAAGUCCAUGGGGCCCAGCUCAAGCCUGUCAUGUAUGACAUGUAGGAUAUGGUGUAAGAUAAUUAAGUUGAAUGACUGGUCAAAGAAGUCCAAGGGUCCAGCUCAAGCCUGUUAUGUAUAUGUACCAUAUCAUGUAAGAUAGGAAGAUAGUUGAGUUAAAUGACUAGUAGGAAAGCCAAGGGGCCUAGGUCAAAACUAUCAUGUAUGAUAUGAAUACAGUAUGUAUAGAGGGUAAACAUGUGCUUAUCUUUGUAUAAGCAUUAAUCAGGUAGUAGAAGAGAAUGUGCUGUAAGUAUUUAUUUGACAGCUAUCACUGCCUAAUCAGAAUAUAUUGACCAUGCUAAAUUUAUAUAUCUAUCUUAAUGUGUAUUUGACAGUGAGCUGAUGUAUUUUUUAAUGUGUAUUUAACAGUGAGCUGAUGUAAUUGUUGAUGUGUAUUUAACAGUGAGCUGAUGUAUUUGUUAAUGUGUAUUUAACAGUGAGCUGGUGUAUUUGUUAUUGUGUAUUUAACAGUGCGCUGACGUAUUUGAAAGUGAGCUGAUGUAUUGGUUAUUGUUUAUUUGACAGUGAGCUGAGAGAACAAAUCAAACCAGAGAUGAUGGACCUCAUCAAACAGCAGAGACUCAAAUAUCUGACAUCAGGCUCAAGGUUUGCCAAGUAUACAAAGACUGGCAGGAUCAAAGGUCAGUUGAUAGAUGUGUCGGCAGUUAAUGGUCAGUUGUUAGAUGUGGCGGCAGUUAAUGUUCUGCUGUUAGAUGUGUGGGUAGUAAAUUGUCAGUUGUUGAAUGUGUUAAUGGUCAGUUGUUAGAUGUGUGGGUACUAAAUGGUCAGUUUUUCAAUGUGUCAGCAGUUAAUGGUCAGUUGUUGAAUGUGUCAGCAGUUAAUAGUCAGUUUUUCAAUGUGUCAGCAGUUAAUGGUUAGUUGUUGAAUGUGUCAGCAGUUAAUGGUCAGUUGUUAGAUGUGUGGGCAGUUAAUGGUCAGUUGUCAGAUGUAUGAUCAAUUGAUCUCAGAUGUACAUUAAAAUUUCCAGAUAAAUUCUGGUGCUGGAGGUUGGCACCAAACUACAAGGCUCUUCACUAUGGAGAUUGUGGAGAGUCGGAGAACUUGUCACUUGACGACUUACCCAAUAAAUGUAAGUGUGUUGUGGGGAGUCAGAGAACUUGUCACUAGAUGACUUAUCCAAUAAAUGUAAGUAUGUAAUGGGAUGACUACCAAAUAAAUGUAAGCAUGUAAUGGGAGUCUGAGAUCUUGUCACUUGAUGACUUACCCAAUAAAUGUAAGUAUGUAAUGGGGGUCUUAGAUUUUAUCACUAGAUGUGUUAGGGGUUGUAUGUAAGGACAUACAUAAAAAAUAAUCAUCUUUUCCACCUCUGUUAUUCUGUUUUGUAACACUAGAUAGAAGUACUAUAUGGGAUUUUAAUAAUGAAAUACAAGUUCCAUAUAUAUGUUAUGUUAAUAAUGAAAUAGAAGUACCAUAUAAAUUGUCUUUGAACGCUCUGUACUUCAGUGCCCCUAUCAGACAUAAGAAAACUCCUGGUGGGGAAAGAUUGUCCACAUAUCAAUACGGUCAAGAACAGAAGUAAGGUAAGAUAGUUGAUUUUUUUCAGUUAGCUCUGUACCUGUAUGGACAUUUAAAACUAGUUGUUUGUGAUUCAGUCAGAAGAUGUCAUGAUGUUGUGUUAUCCUUUCUGUUAGCUCUGUACCUGUAUGGACAUUUAAAUCUAGCUGUUUGUGAUUUAGUCAGAAGAUGUCAUGAUGUUUUGUUAUCCUUUUAGCUGCCGAGUUCUAACACUGCCUUCUCCAUACAAUGUGACCUGGACACUGACCCCAUUUGCUUCAUGGCCAGCUCUGAGAACGAGUUUGACAUGUGGACAGAUGGACUCAACAGUUUAUUAGGGAAUGAGGUAAACAAGUAGUGAUCUCUGCUAACAUCUAGGGCCCAGGUUCCCAAACAGUAGUCACACCCAGAGUGAGAUGCAGAGGGCUCUCUGUGAGGUUGUCGACUUAACAGACUUGAAGAGUCAUCUUAAACAAAAAAAUUAAAUCAAAUUUUUCUUUAAAAAGAUGUCUUUAUACUUGUAUGAUACUGCAUCCACUUUUGAUGUGUUUUCUCUAAAGUCAUGUGUUUGCUCGUACAGUCAUCUGUUUACUCUUAGACAUUUGUUUACUGUUAUAGUCAACUGCUUUGUUUUGCAGUCAUGUGUUUUUAAAUAUAAAGUAGUAUCAGUACCCAGGUUAGGAACAUUUCCAAAACAAGGGCGGCCACCCCAGUAGAAGAACGUCAAAACAAACCAGGGGGCACCACUUUUAAUGAUAAACUUAAUGCUUUUGUUCUUAAUCCUUGCGACAAACAUGCUGACACCAGAGACAAUCUGAAUGGGAUUUUCUGAUUUGGACAGCAGCCAAACUAAAAGUUAACAACUAUUUUCGUCCGAAAACUAAACCAAAAGCAAAAUGUGACUUAAGGCUGAAACCAAAAGAUUUAGAUAUUUCGAAACUCAUCCGCACUUGCUUUCUGUGUAUGUCAAACAACGGUGGGAGAAAGUAUGGAUAUUUUAUUAAUUUUUAUUUGAAAAAUGAGUUUACUUUUAAUUUUAAUAGAUAAACAUCUAAUGAAUGCUUCGGCUUUUAAAUUUUGACUUAAAAAGUAAUUAAAGUUGAAAAAAUGUAUUUUAAAGUUGUAUGGGGCAAAAUUUAUGCCAAAUAGACUCUUGGCCAUCUUUUCCUUGUAUAAUAUAAUUACUGCACUACCUAGACAUAUCAAUCGAAAGCUUAACUGAUGUAUCGUUUAUUUGUAUGGCCCACUAAAAUGUCCAGACAUAUGCCUUGAAGUAACUCUUUGAUCCGGAACCCAUACAUUUAGCUGAAAAUGGUUUUUCAUUUGUGAACAUUAAAAUUUUGUGUUGAUCCACAGUCAACAUUUAUUUGCUAAUUUUAGAUUUAACCCAGAUAAAACAAAAAUUGAAGGAAUGAAGAGCUAGGUUUAGUAUGAUAAGACAAUAGGCCUACUACAUGAUAAUACAUUAGACCUACUACAUGAUAAUACAGUAGACCUACUACAUGAUAAAUACAGUAGACCUACUGCAUGAUAAUACAUUAGACCUACUACAUGAUAAUAUAGUAGACCCACUACAUGAUAAUAUAGUAGACCUACUACAUGAUAAUACAGUAGACCUACUACAGGAUAAUACAGUAGACCUACUACAUAAUUGCUAUACAAAACAGUGAUACAUUCACAUGUGUGUGAAGGCUUAUUAUUAAAUAUAAAGGCUAUUUUAUGACUAAUUAUACUAAAUUGAAAUAAAUAAUUAUAUUUUUUAGAUAAUAUUUUUGUGGAAUAUUUUAACAUUUUAUUUCAUCACUGACAAAAUGUUCAUCAGCAUGAUAAUGAUGAGUUUCAUGAUAAUGAUGAGUUUCAUGAUAAUGAUGAGUUUCAUGCUAAUGAUGAGUUUCAUGCUAAUGAUGAGUUUCAUGCUAAUGAUGAGUUUCAAUAAAUGAAUGACUUGAAUACGCCUUAGGUUCCCUCAUUUAUUUGUUUGAAAAUAAAAACAAAGAUAAUUGCAAUGUUACCAUUGCCUGGGAUGUUUUGUUUCUUCACAAUCCUAUUCACUUCUGUCUUUGACCACUUUUAUGAGCAUGAUAAUGAUUCAUCGAAAGGAAUGUCACUAAUGAAUGAAAUGGUGAACCUAGGCUUCCCAAAUUAUUUUUGAAAAAAUUAUAACAAAAAUAAUAAAGACAAAUAUUGCUGUUCCCUUGGGUUUUUUCCCCCCACAUAACUAUUUUCCUAAGCCUAAUUGAAAUUUUAUUUUAAGAAAUGUUGGAUAAGUAGGUCAGCAUGCAGUUGUGAGCGGUGUUAGCAGAGGAUUAGUCAUAUAUCAUCAAGACAUUGAUCAAUAAUGAAUAUCACAUUGCCAACAGACAGAGUGACAGUCUUCUGGUAGAAUGUGGAAAGCCUCAAUCAAAAUGAACAAAAAUUUAACUUUCCUGUUAUUCUGAAACUGAAACUGUGUAGAAAGGGAUCAAAGGGCAACUUUCGGCAAUUAAACCGAAUAUUGGGUCGGCCUCAACACUAUUGCAGCUAAAAUUGUCUGUCAUUUUAUACACAUUAAGUUCAUUAAAUAUAAUCACAAACUCUCAUCUUGAAAAUUAAAUUUUAAUAAAUAAAUUUAUUGUUAAAAAUUAUUUCACUUGGUUUUUUGUUUGUUUCCUUAGAUGACAAGCGGGCAAGUCGGCAAAGAUCUUGAAACUCUUCUCUCCAUGGAAAUCAAAAUGAGAAUGCUGGAUACAGAGGGUGUGCCGAUCCCCGCCGAAGCUCCGCCCAUUCCACCUCCACCAGCCAAUUACAAUUUUACCUACCUUAAUUUAUGACCAAUCACAGCAUGUUUGACGCCAUUGAUACUUUUGAGUGUUAGUUUGAAAUAUAGCACAAUCCGAUAGUUUGAAAUAUGGCACAAUCUGAUAGUUUGAAAUAUGGCACAAUCUGAUAGUUUGAAAUAUGGCACAAUCCGAUAGUUUGAAAUAUGGCACAAUCCGAUAGUUUGAAAUAUGGCACAAUCCGAUAGUUUGAAAUAUAGCACAAUCCGAUAGUUUGAAAUAUGGCACAAUCUGAUAGUUUGAAAUAUGGCACAAUCCGAUAGUUUGAAAUAUGGCACAAUCCGAUAGUUUGAAAUAUGGCACAAUCUGAUAGUUUGAAAUAUGGCACAAUCCGAUAGUUUGAAACAUCGCACAAUCCGAUAGUUUGAAAUAUGGCACAAUCCGUUAGUUUGAAAUAUAGCACAAUCCAUUAGCAGCACUGGAAAAUCUCCACUAGACUUUAGGGCAUCAAUUUAAUCUAGGAAAAUCUGAGCUCAAAGCUUGUUCAGAUAAAGGGAAAAGUGGUUUAAUGUCAUGUCUCAAAUAACCUUGCAUUACUGUAAUAAUUUUUGUAUGUUUUUGUUCAAGUGUAUAGUUUAAAUACGAAUGUAUGACAACAUGAGAGAUAAAAUCAAAGACAUAAAUUUGUGAAACAAACAAAAAAUAUUUAUUUCACUUAAGCAUCUAUCUGAGUUGAAAAUACUUUGAUUAGAAUUAGAAUGGUUGAGUUUCUGGUAUUGCUUUAAUCAUCUGGAUUGGACUGCAGCAUAUUUAAUCAUGACAGUUGGACAGCAUAGCUGUUAACUGAUCCUCAUAGUGUCCCGCUUAUUACUGUCCACUUCUAUAUGCUGCAUUGAUUAAGUCUGUUCAAAUCACUGUGGCCUUAACAAAUUUUAAUUAAAAUAAAGGAGAAACACACAAUUUAAAUAAAUAAGUGUAAUAUAUAUU